GCCCUUCUCCGUCUUGUGGUGGCUUCGAGCCAGACAGGCGACUCAGUUGGUCUGCAGCGGCCGCUGGACUGGUGUGAAAGUGCGCCGUCUCAUUUCCUCGGCGCUGCGGAGGACGGUGGGCGGGGGUGGGGAAGGGCCCGAGGCCGCUGCGGCCCAGCCUUGCCGUUCCCUCUGGAAGAAGGAGUCUCGGGUCGCUCUGUCUCUGCGCCCCCUCGCCCCGCCCGGACGUUCACGGCGGGGCGUUAGACCUCCUUCCCCGGCUGAAGCGCUGCUGGAGUCUUGGUCGCCUCCCAAGGAGCGGGUGAAUAUGAGCCGUUUCUGGGUGCGCGGAGCCCACCGCACCUCCUCUCUGAGGCAGGUAAAGAAGAGCGAGGUCCGGGGCGAGGGCGGGCGCUUCGUGGGGGCGGAGGCGAGAGAGGCUGGUUCGCGCGUGGGAUGCGGGGGGGGGGGCUGUGGAGGGGGGGUGACAAUGAGCCGGGAAGCGGGGAUGGGAUUAGCGGACGGGGCCCCCGACGGCAGCGAGUUCUGAGGCGCGGAAGGAGCGUGGAAAACGCCCCCUCUUCCCCUUCCCCUUCCCACCCCCUUUGUGGUGAUGUUGAGGAACAUGACUGUCACAGAGUGAGUUCCUGAAGACGGGAGCCUGAGGAGCGAGGCUGGGGGCCUCUUAGGUAGAGAAAGGUUGGGAGGCUGUCCCGAGUUGUGCAUUUUGUGGGAGUGUUGUGAAGGAAAAGUGCGAGGACAGGAACACGAGGGCGAGGAGAUUCUUUAGUAGUUUGACAGCACUUUGGAGAACUCCCAUUCUCUCUUCUUUCCCUAAAAAAAAAGCCCUAAAAAGUAAUGCAAAGCCUUUCUUUUGGUCCCCAAUGGGAGGAACUGGUCAAAGAUGGAGGAGUGUUUAGCCACCUGGCUGAGGGUGUGAGGUAAAGAUGAUGAAGGGGAAGGGGGGAGAUGACUUCCUUGCCUUUUUCUUUUUCUCUCUGCCAGCCUCCACUAUGCCGUUUAAUGCCCAGAACUUUUCAAGUAAUGAAUCUCAUCAUCUUACUGAUUUUGGUUCAGAAGGUUUGUCUUUGCUGGGAUGCUUUGAAAGAUGCAAUUGGAAAUAUCCAGCGUUGCUUAAUCCCAGAGCUCUGCUGCUGUUGCUUCUGGGUAGUUGUUUCCAUGAAAAGGGCUGCUCUUACUUGAAUGGGAAAGUUGAAUGCUCACUGUGAUGGUUUAAUUAUCGUUUUGUCUUUGUUUAUGUUGCACAUGGGUUUGCUUUUAAUGGAAGGUAUAAUAAACUGUCGUAUGUAGAGUAGGACUAUAUACUUUUUGUCACUUAUUUAGGUUGUUGAUUAAUUGCCUCUGAAGUUGACACACUUUUUCUUUGACAUUGUUCCUAUAGUUUUUGUAAAGUUUGUUGUUGAAGUUUUCUAUUUGUUAGAAAGCUACAUAGAAUUCAGUAUCUGCAAUUCUGAAUAAAACAUUUUUUUGAAUUGCACUUGAAUUCCAGCCCUACCUUGCUUUGUAGAUCUACAAAGUAAAUAAGACUUUUGCAAUUUAAAACCUGAGAUAAGGCAUUCAAAGGCCUUUUACAUUAGUGUAUGCAUCAUAAAUACUUUCAUUGUUUGUUCUUGGUGUGAAAGAGUGAAAAUGGUGAAGUGUGUGUCACAUGUCUCACCAUUUCAAUAACAUUUUUUCUGCCAUUUCUCUUGAGUUUAAAGAAAUGCAUAUUAAAGAAUAAUGGCUAGAAUAUAUUCUACAAUAUUUAGUGUAAGAUGUAUUACUUUUCUGAGCGAGUAUACUGUUCAUCUAAGCAUUCUUUUAUAAUAGUUGUUUGCUUCACUUCCAUUUAGAAGCAAACUACUACAUGAAAAGGGGAUACAGCAACUCCCUUAUGAUGAAAGAUGACACUAUUUGGGACUUUUUUAGUUUAGAAAAAGGCAAGUAAAUGAUGGCAUGAUAGUGAUGUAAAAUAAGUAUGAUGUGGAGAAAAUGAAUAGAAUAGUUAUAAGGAAUAUGAUAGUAGACGGGUGUUCUAAAGGACAAUAUUGGUUGCAAAAGUGUAGAUACUGUAUAAAUAUUUUUCCUAAUCUAAGAAUCUGUACUCUGGUUUUCUAUGAAAACUUGGCUAUUUGAGUUUGUUUCCUAAUAUAUAUGAUAGGUUGUGGCAAGAGUAAAAUAAAAAAAUCCCACCAAGGAAACAUUUGCAAUAACAAUAGAAUAGGAAGGGGACAAUGGGCCAUUCUCUGUUGGCAUUUUGGUUUCUGUCUGGAAUUACUACUUGCAUAUGCGCACAGGAACUUUGCAUUUUAUAUACUGUUUUGCAAAUUGAUGCUUUAGAAAAGAAACAGCUUUGUGUAGAGGAUUGAUAAUGUAAAUCAGCAGUCGACUGUUCUCAGGCAUCUAUGUUCUACUGAAAUGUUUUUAAUUUACAAAGUGAGACUAUAUACUUGGGACCUCUUCACAGUUAAAGCAUAACUAACGUGUAUUAAACAAUCCUGACUAUGCACUCGUAUUUAAGAGCAUAAGGCCUGGACCCUGGAUCUGAUUCAGUACAUCUAGUCUAACACAGUCAUAGGACAUAAUGGUAACAGCCAUAUUCUCUUAUCUGUCACCAGUUUCUUGUAAUUGGUGAGAUAUGUGGUCUCUAACUGUAUCUUGUGACUGGUCACUUGUGAGGUCCUUAUUUGUAGCCAAGCCUUGCUUUGUGUAACUUAGGGCAUUUCCUGGUGAUUUAAAAAAAGGAAAACAGUUUUGAUGUUAUAUUCCAGUCCCAGUCCAGCACCAGCAAUGCAAUUUCAUGUCUCAUAGGAUACAUAAGGGAAGCUGUGCUCUGGCGGGAUUGCCUGUUCACUGCUUUUGCCUUUAAAAAAGAGUGCAUACUAGAUAGGGGAAAUUAUACAUAAUACAAAAAAUAUGUAGGGAGGUAGCUUGCUUGUGUUUCCAAGUUUGUAAUAUUAAACAAGUUAAAUGAUCACUGCAGUAAGUAUUGUUCCAGGCAUAGGCAAACUUGGCCCUCCAGAUGUAUUGGGACUACAACUCCCAUCAUCCCUGACCACUGGCCCUGUUAGCUAGGGGUGAUGGGAGUUGUAGUCCCAAAACAUCUGGAGGGCCAAGUUUGCCUAUGCCUGGUUCAGCCACUUAAUCAGUCUAAUUUUUAAAAAAUGGUACGGUGUAUGUAGAGCAUUUCCAACAUGAGAGUUGUUGUGGGCACUAACCAUUAGGUGGACUGCUGGAGUAAUAAAGUUACGGAUCUCUCCUGUGUGAAUAUGACUUUCCUGCAGUUGAAGUGCUAGCUGUGGGAAAGAUAUCUUGCAACAACUAUUUGUCAGUGAAAGGAUAAGUCUGGAAAGGCUCUUGCGGACUUGCAUCUUGAUAGCAGAACACAUGCUGACGUAAAUGCAUAUAGAUUGCACCUUUCCUCUAUAAAUCAUGACCUAGAUAAGAUUGCUCACCAAUGAUCAAACAAGUUGCCUGUUCACUUUUAUUAUUAUUAUUAUUAUUUCAAAUGACUGAAGUGUAGAACUCUUAUUAAUAAUGUCUUUAGCUGUAGCACAUGGAUGGAAUGCAAUGUUGUGCAAGUGGACUUUGGUUUGCGCAAUGUCCUCUUCUUUCCCAACCCUCCAGAGCAGCUUUGGAGGUGCAGGGGAGAGAGAUGGUGGUGAAGUAAAUGCAUAUAGAUUGCACCUUUCCUCUAUAAAUCAUGACCUAGAUAAGAUUGCUCACCAAUAAUCAAACAAGUUGCCUGUUCACUUUUUUAUUAUUAUUCUUUUUUCAAAUGACUGAAGUGUCAUUGUUGUGUGAGCAGAAGUCUGCUUUGCUUAUUCACAGACAACAUUGGAUACAACCCUGUGUUUAAAUUGCUAUGUUUGCACUUCUGUAAGUGUUCUGUAGGUGCCCAAGUCUGCAUUGUUGUAAGCCAUAAUUCAAGAGAACAAAAAUAUUUUGAAUAAGCUAUGUCCACUGACUUUGUCAUGCUUCCAUUGUGGCUUUUGUUAGGUUCUUAUAUCCUGUAAAUUGAAAAAUAAAAGCUGACAAUGACUGUUCCUUGUGUGGAUGAAUAACAAAGCACCAUCUAUCCAGUUUCCUUACCCACAGGGCUAGGCUUCUGCUCAUACUUUCAUUUUUCCAGAAAGUCUGUCUUUCCUCUGGUUCUGCAAUGAAUCCUUUUGUUGCCUUAGAUUUGCUUAUGCUGGUAAUACUCCUACAGACAUGGAUUCCUUUUAAAAUUGACAGAGCUAUUCUAACCCUGGCUGAGCAGCAGCAGGGUUGGAUUGAGGAAUGGAACCACUGUUGCAUCCGUAGCCCUGCUGCCCCUGCUGUCUGCAAUGGAAGGUGGGGACCAGGUAAAACCUGCUCUGGUGUGGCUGUCAGGCCUAGAUUGGGAACUAGAAAAUUCUGGACAUGUUCAAUCUCUCCCUGUCUGGAAUACCCAGUAUGGGGUUUUCUACAGGUUACAGCUGGUGGAAAUCCAUGAGGUAUUAUAUCUGCUGGCCUGCACUUUGGGCAGGCAGAAUGGGAAUUACCUGAAGCAUCUUGUGUAGGUCAGGAUAAUGAGAUAGAUGGGCCACUGAGCUGUUCAAUAGUUUACCGUGUUAGCUAUUGCCCUCCAAGUGUUUGGGGUUACACCUCCCAUUAGCUCCAGACAAAACAAAGGGAGAUUAUUGCAGGGGUCUGAAAAUAAAAAGUUGGCUUACUUUGUCCUUUGAUCACAAUCAAAUAUUUUUUGAAGUGUAGAAUGCUCUUUUGUAAAUGUCAGCUCUUUUCAUGCAUCUUGGUAGGAAAGUUGCACACAAAUACACCUCCCAUUUAAGAACUGGCAUUCCCAAGUAUUUCUGUGCUCUACAACUGUUUCUGGAGAACUUCUGCUCUCUCCCUUCUGGAGUAAACCACAUGGCUAGCUUCUAUUAGUAUAUGCUGUAACUGUAGGCAUAUCUGAACAGGAACACAAGAUUGAAGAGGAAUAAAAAAAUAAACACACCUGGUUUUAUUUGUUUUAUCCUGGUACAUUAUCUUCCUUCAAGGGUGCUCAGGGUGGCUUAUGUGGACUAUUUUAUUUAAUUCAUCCCAUAACCUUACAAACCAGAGUGGGAGAUUGUAAUUGUAACUGACUGUAAGUCAUCUAUUGAGUUUCACAUUUGGGUAAUUACAACUUUACAGUAUAUCCAAUAUGCUGGCAGGUUUGUCAUUCAAAAAUAUUAUUUUUUAAACUUAUUGGAAAUUGAUAUGCAGUCACGUAAUUGAAAUAAAAUAAAAUUUAGCGAGGAGCUUUCUGAAAACAUGUUCACUUUAAAAUCUGUCAAAUUGAAGGGAAAAAUAUUUUAAAAUAAUUACAGCCUCUGAGUUAUCAGGGCAUGUACAGGAAUGCUAAAAGGAUUUACAGGCCCCUAUUGUCUUGCACUGAGUAGUGCAUGACUGCCUCCACUAAAAUACAGUGGAAGGUAGUGAUUGUAGAGGCAGGAGGGUGAUCAGGAUGCUGGUGCACAGCUGUUGAUUGGACAACUGAUGCCCUUUGACUUUUAUGCUGUCCUGUUUUCUUAAGUUGUGGGAAGAGAAGAGUGGUUGCAUAUAAGGAGAGUUAGGCAGGUGGUAACAGAAAAAUGGGUUGAAAGAAAGCAGAAGGAAAUAAGUGUUCAAAAGUAAAUUAAAAGGGAAAUUGAUUUGAGGAAUUUAAUGUUUGUAGCAUAGACCUCACAUUUGCCUUGUACAGUACUUUGUUCAUAGCCUUGGGCAAUUCACUUGUGUCAAACACAUUUGCUUGUCUUACGUAAAAUGUUGCAAGAGCAAAUUUGGGGUUCAGGCCCCACCACUGCUUUGUAUUCCAUCUAGUUCAGCAUCCUGUUUCCAGCAGUGACCAAUAAAACGUCUCUGGGAAUUCAAGUAGGUCAUGAGAGUACUGUAUCACAGUUAGCCCUGUUCUUCUGUAGCAUUUGGUAUAUACUGCCUCUGAACACGAAAGAUACAUUUAGGUGUCAUGGGUGCAGGGCCUGAGCAAGUAUGAAAACUUUUGGGUAGGUAGAAGUGAAUAAGGGGAUAGUGCAUGUAGUUUGGGGAGAAACAUGUAAUGCUCUCACUUUUUGGAAGACACAAGCUGCAAUUCAUGGUAUACACACUAAUCCAUCUUCCACCUUCCUCAGUUGCACUAGAGAGAUGUGAAAUUCAGUUUUUUGGGGGGGCAUCUUCUUGGGGAGGAAAGCCAAGUCCAGAUUAGAGAAUUAGAAUGGGCAAUUGUAACUGUGUUCUUUAAUUUGGUUAUAGUAGUUGAAAGUUCCCUACAUGUUAACUGGCACAAGCACUGAAGGAAUGAAUUCUGUGUGAGGUUUUUUGUUUGUUUGUUUUUGCACCACAACUACGUUCCAAGAUUAAAAAUACCAGUCUGUCUGGUGUGAAGUAUAAAUUUGAGACUCCCUGGCUCCAUUCAGAAAGUUGAUGCCUGGUCACUUUAUUGGGUUUAGACUUUGCUUUGCUAAUGUGAGACGUCCUUUUAUAAUGUGAAUUAAUUUCCACCAAACUAGUACACUAUGUAGUGACAGGCUCUGCCUGAACCAGAAUAGUACAGGGUAAAGAAGGUCACCUCUUGGGACUGAUUCCAUCUGUGGGAAGUGAGAAAUAUGAUAGCGCUAGCUAAAACUAGGAGUUUUCUUUUUGGAGAAGCAGUUAAUCACUGACAGAGGCUAUGCAUUUAGAAUACUUCACAAAAGGUAAGAUGUAGAAGAUGCUGAUACCGCAUCUUCAAAGCAUUGUAAAAAGUGAUAAUUUGUGGGUGAAAAAUUUCCCUUGCCUUACAGAGAAAGGUGGAAGCAAGAUAAACUACCUAUAAAUGACAUACCAAGGCAAUCCAAUAGAUUAAUACAGUGGGCACUAACUUUUUUAGACCAGCAUUCACAUCUUAAAUUUUGAGAAAGUCUUGUGGUCAUCAAUCACAAGAUUUAACAAUAUUUAUGUUGAUUGAUUGUUGUGAUACCUCUGGCUACCAUAAGGAAGAGCGGCAUAACACACCACCACCAUCAUCACCAUCAUCAUUUUCAUUUCUAUACUGCUUGGCUGCCAUGGGGGCAGGUGAGCAUGGCAAAACCCAAAAAUAGGGCGGGUAUAGUCAUUGCUGCUCCUUACCCCCAGAAAUUCUGAUUGUGGAGAUUAAACAAUACUGAUUUCCCCCCUCAAAUACAAUGCUGCUGCUGCUUUCUAUUGACAACAGGGAGCAUUCCCCAGUACCAGCGAAAUGUACAAGGUGACCAAAAAAUACGGUGGGGGUGGUAAAGCAUGGAAAGGGUUGAACAGGCUGAUUUGGUACAAAAGCAAAUAAUGGUGUCUGGGCAUUUACCUCAUAUCUCUUAUUCUGAAAAUGCUAUAAAAUCAACAGUGGGGAUAGAACAUAGCAGUCAUGGCUAGUAGCCAUUAAUGGCCUUAAGGCUCCUAUAGUCCACCUGCUUGUUUGGCAUUCCCCCUAAUUUGCUUGCACAAAGCUUAUGUGGCAGAUAGACUAUGCCUGGUAUUUACUGAACACUUGUUCUGAUUUGUUUAUGGGGCAGUUUUAUCUCAAUGAGAUUUCAUUCUGCUUACAUAUCUUGGUCAUCAUUUGUUCAUCUUACACUUUUCAAUGUGUUUUCCGCAUCACUUAGUAAUCUGCAGAAAGUCUGAGUUUUUAAAGUGGAUCUAUAGUGCUAGUCAGAGGACUUUAAUUAAUUUUAAUUGCACAAACCUGAAGUUCCAGUGUGCCCUUUAGUCUCUCUUGAAAAAAUACUAACCAUCUUCCAUGAAUUUGUCUGAUCCUUUUUCAACGCCAUCCAAAUUCAUGGCCAUCACAAAUUCCAUAGCUCCGUUUGUCUGUACUGACUCUUCUAAUAACCAGAAUCAUUGGAUGCCCCCAAAUUCUAAUACUAUGAGAGAGGAAGAAAACCUUUUCCUUAUCCAUUUUCUCCACUCCAUGUAUAAUUUUACACCCCUCUGUUAUGCCCCCCGUCUUUUCUCUAAACUAAAAAACUCCCAACUGUAAACUUCAGGUGAAAAUAUCAACUACGGAUCAGUAGUGCAACACAUUGCUGCUGGCUCUUGAGAGAGCUCUCCCUUGAAUCUCUGGGGCAAGCAGGGAUCUCAGCACAGCACAGGCACAGCUGCAGAGAGCAGGUGGCACUGUGGUCUAAACCACUGAGCCUCUUGGGCUUGCUGAUCAGAAGGUCGGCAGUUUGAAUCUGCACGAUGGGGUGAGCUCCCAUUGCUCUGUCCCAACUUCUGCCAACCUAGCAGUUCAAAAACACACCAGUGCAAGUAGAUAAAUAGGUACCACUGCAAUGGGAAGGUAAAUGGCGUUUCCGUGCACUCUGGCUUCCAUCACAGCGUUCCAUUGUGCCAGAUGCGGUUUAGUCAUGUUGGCCACAUGACCCAGAAAGCUGUCUGUGGACAAAUGCUGGCUCCCUCAGCCUGAAGCAAGAUGAGUGCUGCACCCCAUAAUCGCCUUUGACUGUACUUAACCAUCAGGGGUCCUUUACCUUUACCUUUUUUAUGUUGGACUGACUGCAUCCUCACCAUGCUGAGAUAUGUGUGUGGAGGAUUGCUUCACUAUUCAUCGUGCUCUAGCUGGAAUGGGGUGCAGGGAUCUAGCACAUUCUGAAAUUAGAAGUUUAAAAUGUUAAACUAUAUUUUAAAAAUUCAGUUAAGCACUGUGUGUGAAAGGAGAAAUUAUUAUUUUCUUUCAUUUAUGAAUCUCUUCCUGUAGGGAAUCCCAAAGUGACUUAGAGAAUAAUAAAACAGUUGCACAUAUAAACAUUUAAAACAAUUGCAUAUAUUAUAACAACACAUAAAACCAGUUUGAACUGAAACAGAUAGCAGUUAGUAUAAAGAUUUUAGAAGGUUUGUUGAAAGAGGAACAUCCUUAACAGAUGCCAAAAAGACAAGAGAAGGCAGCAGUCAUUUGUGUUCAACCUUGCAAGCAAAUAUGCAACACUUUAGUAUCCUAUUACAGUGGUACCUCUGGUUGCGAAUGGGAUCUGUUCUGGAGCCCCAUUCGCAACCUGAGCAGAAUGCAACCCACGUGUGCACGGGUUGCGAUUCACCGCUUCUGUGCAUGCACGUGACGUCAUUUUGAGCAUUGUGCAUGCGCGAGCGGCGAAACCUGUUCCGUUACUUCCGGGUUGCCAUGGGACGCAACCUGAAGCAUCUUUAACCUGAGGUAUGACUGUAGUUCACGAUAUUAAUGUUAUUGAUUUUUUUGAGACUAAAAGAAAAGGUACCCCAAGUUUUGCGAAGCUAACUUCUCUGCUCCCCUAGAGUCAAUUCUGACCACAGAUUGAUUGCAAACCUGGGAUCAAGCAUUGUGCACCUUUUCCCCUUCACAUCCACCCAAGUAGAAUUAUACUUUUAUAGCUUCAUCUUGAGCAUUCUAUCAAUAGAUUUGGGACAAGAAAAUGGUUCAAUUCUUUUUCCUUCAUUUUUAGUAUACGGCCAGAGAGAAGAAAAACAAAUUGAGCACCUAGGAUGUGAAAGCUCCUCUUCUUCCUAAAGGAACCAUAUUGUUUGCAAGAUGGAUCGGAGUAAGCGAAAUUCAAUAGCAGGAUUUCCACCACGCUUGGAGCGCGUUGAAGAUUUUGAUGGGGGUGGCGGAGGCGAUGGGAACGUGUCCCAGAUGGGCAGAGUUUGGACUUCUUCAUACAAGGCCUUGAUUAGUGCCUUUUCAAGACUUACACGACUUGAUGACUUUUCUUGUGAGAAAAUAGGAUCUGGUUUCUUUUCUGAGGUGUUCAAGGUGAGUAGACUGACCUUAAUUCUCCUCUUUCCAUAUUUUUCAUAUAGUAAUUAAACAAAUUAUGAAUGAAUAUUCUCUUGCUGUUGGUCUUUUGACUGUGCUUUGCCUAACUGAGUAACAGGGACUUUAAAUGCCUUGGAAUAUUUAACAUCUAUGAGUAUUUCUGGAAAGCUUAAAGUACAGUGAGAUGAGACACCUGGUUGGCAGCUGAGUAACAUAUCUAUACUAAAUACAUGAAUACAUUUAGAUUUUUUAAGUUGGAAAGCUUGCAGAAAUGUGUAUGUUUUAUUUAAAUAUCUAGCUCUAUUUUUCAGACUGAAGCAAGGUGACUUGCAGGCCAAAAAUUAAAACGUCAUGAAACUGUAAAAACAGGAGGGAGAAAAGAUGUUAAAAUUAAAACCUCAUCCGUUGGCAAUCCAAAAGAACAACAUAUAUUCUCCUUCACUACUUGGGAUCAGAAUGAAUUGGCAGCUAAGCAUAAGAUCUUGCCCAAUGAAUUAUGAUCUUCAAGUCUUUUUCCUACCUCAAAGAAUGGUUUAGUAAUAUCUCAUUACUGGACCACUCCAUGAGACAGACAAUUCAAAUUUCCUUUGCAAGUUUAAGUUGCAAGACAAAAACCGCACUUUCUGACCAUAUUACAUUUUAUAGACAAAACAUUAAAGUCUGAGGAGAUGAUAAGACUGCCUGAGGAAAUAAGCCAAUCUUGCAAUCUUCCCUUUUUACUGACUGGAUUAGUUUCUUAUGCACCUUUAGCCUCUGGUCAGUAAGAAGAAUUAUUUGAAGUGUGCUCCUUGCCACUUUUUAAUUACAAGGAUUGAGGCUGCAGGACCUUGGUCUAUGGCAGGGGUCGGCAACCCGCAGCUCCGGAGCCGCAUGUGGCUCUUUUACACCUUUGCCGCGGCUCCGGGGCGGAUACUAGCGAGGGGAGGAGGCGCAUUGUGCGCCCCAACACUCCCCACUGUGGCGGGCACUGUACUGGCUGUGACAUCGCAUGGGGGCGGUGCUUGCGUUAGUCACGCACCGUCCCGACGUCACCUUCCCGCCCGCUGUCAGCUCGGAGGGCAGCGGCGCGCAUGCAAUGGUUUUUUUUUUUUAAAUGAUAUUUAUUAAAAGUUUAAGGAUUACAGAAAAAAGAGAAAAAGAAAACAACAAAAAAUUUGACAAAGCAUACAUUACAAUACAUAAAAAGAAAAGCAUAAAAAACAAUACAAGAAUACAGCAAAAAAACACCAAACAAACAGUAACAUUAAAAACACAUCCAAUGUUCCAUAUCUUUAUCUUUCAUUUACUUGUUUCAUCGACCUCCUCACACCUCCCUUUUUGUAUUCUAAUUUAAUUAAUUGUUUCAGCAAAUUCUUUCCAUCUUUCUCAAUUUUUGUUAAAUAAUUUAUCUUAACGAUCUAACCUUUUAAUUAACUCAACAAAUCCUUUCCAUCUUUCACUAUAUUCUGUCAUUCAAUUUACCUUAAAACUUAAUGUACAUAACUCCUUAUAUCAUUUCUACUAAAGCCAAAUAGUUUCAUUCCAACAUUUUUCCUAAUACUCAUUAAUUUUACACUAAUUCUCAAAAUAAUUUUUUAAAAAACUUUCUUCCAAUCUUCAUCCAACGUCUCUUCUUCCUGGUCUCGGGUUUUGUCAGUCCUUCUUGUCCAUUCCAUCUAGUCCAUCAACCUGCGCAUGCAGUGGUUUUGCGGCUCCCAGUUUUUUUCCCUUCGGAAACGGGUCCAAGUGGCUCUUUUUGUCUUAAAGGUUGCAGACCCCUGGUCUAUGGUAUGAGUCACCCAUUAAUGUCAUUGAACUCUCACUUUCUCACUCUCUCUUUUUCUUAUCUUGUCCAAUGGCAUAGCAAUACAUAUUACUUAGAGCAGAUGUGGGAGUGGCAUAAGCUAAGUUCUCUAUCUACAUGGUCCACUGUUAAAUGAGGUGAAGAAGUUUAACAAGUUUUCUGCAUGGCCAUUUUACCUACUCAAAUUUUGAUUUACAGCAGACAUUCUAUAUUUAAUGUCUGAAUAUAUUGUUCUAAUUGCAUUCCAGUUUGUGUUGAAGCUUUACAUAGUAUGUACCUAUUGUGAAAAUUACUUCAUAAAACUAAAACCCUGGCCUAGGCUUGCGUACUAUGCAGUCCUUGGUCAUACAAAAUUGUGAUGCUAUGCUUCUUCCAGAGAAAACAGAAUAAUCCUCAACUGGAUUUUGCCCAUAUAUAGAAUUUAUUGUGUACUCCGUUAUCUUGUUGCAUUUAGUAAUGGCAAUAAUAUUUAAAGCAAACUGCAGUUGAUGAGGUGUAGAUAAUAUGGGUAUGUGGGGAGAACUUACUGUGGAGCUUUUAGCUUCCACAACAAAAGCCUUUAAUGCUUGAGCUUAAAGAGAGCUGCCAUAUGCCCAGUUCCUUUUUCAAAGAAAAACAGAAAUGUUCAGAACAAGCAAGGCUUUUCCAUGUGUUUUUGAUUCUGGAUAUUUUGGGUCAUACCCAUGACAAUGUAGGCCAUCUGGGAAGUGCAGUUUGUGCUGAGUAUGUUAUCCAGCAACACAUACAUCUAUGGGAGGCUGCUUCUGCCUUCAGGUUUUGUUUCAAUGUCUUUUUUCGUUAAAACAAACCAUAGUAGGAAUUCAUGACACAGAAACAUGACUGCAUACACUUGCCAAGUCUAAGCACUAAACUUCCCACCUCCCUGUGUGUCUGGAAAAGCACACUUGUGCAUGUUGGGGAAAGAAAAUGCUGCUUUUCAGCAGCAGCUGCUCAUGUCUUAUACGUGAGUUGGUGUUCCAGAGUGUCCUUCAGUCCUGAAAGGUUUUGAGGGUGGUGGGGAUGGGAAGAGAAAAAUCACUGGAGUGCAAGAAUACUGUAUGUGUCGUUUUGGAUCUCUGCUGUUGCAUUUUGCAUUUGUCUUACUUCAUUUAUUGGUCAAAGGAAUUGCUACCAAUAUCUGAGAAGAGAACCACGUUAUCUUCAGAGUUUUCAUUGUUUAAUGAAGGUCCGAGCUGCUUCUACAUCUUGGAGCUAUUUAUUUUCUUUUUAAAAAACUGUCAAACCAUCUAUUUGAAUAGGAACUUCCACUUAUGACCUAUUCCAAUCCACUGGAGAACAAAAACAACAUAUUUGAACAUUGCCUACUUGCUCAAAAUAAUUGAGGAAAGUUACUAGAACAGGGGUAGAUAACUUGUGGCCCUCCACGUGUUGUCGGACCUGAACUCUCAACAGCUGCAGCUGGCAUAACCAGUUGUUGUGGGUGGUGGGAGAUGUUAUGCAGGGUUUGAAUAGUGGUGCAGUUUCCUCUCCUUUUAAAAUCUUCUUUACUGGGUCUUUUCUUUUAUAUUUUAAUUAUGUAUUUUCCUUCUGUAUUCUGACCUGACAGCUCAUGGAGAAGAAUCAUUGUUUGAGCAGCCUAGUUUUGGAUUUUAGUGUAGUCUACUCUGAAAUGGUAGACUUUAUACAUUUCUUGUCCAGUCAUAUAUGUGCUUCUGUGUGUGUGUGUGUAUGUGUUUAGAUUAACUUUGGGAAGCACUUGUAGAUUUUCAGAUUUUCAUGAACCAUAGUUUGGUCUUCUGUGCAUGAGAAUGGGGGAGGGGGAACACUGAAUUAAUAACUGAGAUAGCUAAAGACGAGGCGGGCGAAGAAAUAUGAGAACAAAUUAAAAUAAAUGACAAAGCAGCAACUGCUGAAUGACUGCAUGGCAUACAGCAUAAUAUGCACAUUACAUAUUAUAAGGCGUCAACUUCAUUUGGGAAUCAGUACACUGAGGAUUUGUAUUAUGCGCUAGACUGAGAUUCUCUAACUUUACUCUUGGGAAGUUACUUUUAAAAUAUGAUAUAAAAGCAAAUAAAAUCUUAGGCAUCUUUCAAGGCCAUAGAGGUUGUCCCGCCUGGGUAUACAGUAGUUGAAAGGUGCUGCAUUGCAGUUUCCCAUUUACAGGAAAUGCAUCUCAAGGACAGAAGCAUCAUUUUUAGUUACGUAACUGCUUUAAAGAAGUAUAAUUUUUUAGUAACUGCUUUAAAGAAAAGCGUCUUGCUGUAAUCAAAGUGAAGAACAUUGUACAUGUAUUAUUUAGGAAAUGUGGUACAAAUUUAAAACGACUGGGAAAAUGCCAAGUAUUUUCUUAUACAAUGUGAUUUUAAGAAGAAAAGGCACUAUUUUGAAAACUUGGAAUACAGUGAGGCUUAAUAGGGUAAAAUUAUUAUUUGAACUCUGCCUAAUAAUUGUGGAAUCUGUUGUGUUUGCUAUUCUCCACAUUUUGCUUACAUUCUGAAAAGCAGAGUGGGUAAUCCUGUAAUUUGUUUGCAUGUUAUGUUUUGGAUAAGAGUUGCUAAUACAGAUUGGGAAGAAGAGGUGGUUACAUUGACAGUUGGAACAUGAGGUUUGCUGAUGUAAACAUCCUGCAGCCACAGUUUGUUCUUUUUUGCUUGUGCAAGUUCAUGUGAAUUGUUUCCAGAAUUUGAAGAGGAGAGUUUUCCUCUUAAAUCUAACUAAAAGGGACAAUCUUCUGAGGACUAUUUGGGGUGGGUGUGUGCUUUCUGUUUUCCUUUUCAGGCAUUUUUUAUUUUUAAAAAGAAAGUUAUUUCCCCUUCUGUUGCUGUGGAAACUUCUGUUGGUGUGAUUUGCAAGUUAUGUGCUUAUCUUUGGUUAUAAAAAGUAUUUAUAUACCUCCCUCUCAUAAAUCAUCAGGUCCAGCAACAUAAAAACAUUUAAAAGCAAAUAAAGCAAUCCUUUAAAUGACUGGUAACUCAAGGAACAUUUUAUAUAUUUUAUCCUUAUUGACUUGUCUAAGUGUAAAUCUUCUAAAUCAACUUAGUUUCGUGUAAAAAAAUGAGCAAGUGCUUAAUUGUGGCUUUUGUGACCAUAAUAGAGAUUCUUUACUGUGGUCACCAGGAUAGAUUACUUUAAUAAGCAUUGAUCUUGGGAAUUCCCUGAGGGGAAUGGCUCCAUAAUUGCAUGUUUAUGUUGUGUACCAUCAAUUACAGUUAAACGUCUUAUUUUACCACUUAAAAUCCACUGGAAAAUGAAAUUAAAUAUUUAGCAGGCUUCCAAUUGAAAUUCCUUAUCUAAUAAUGCAGCCUGUAAGUUUCCUAGUUCAAUGCAUCAGUUCAUUUAUGUGUCGUGCUUCACAGCAGAGUUUGUGGAAACAAAAUACAGUAUGCUAAUACUGUGAAAAAGGAAGAAAUUUUAGUAGCCUGGUAUACAAACUGUCCAACAUAAUUUCUAUCUAGCUGCAUUCGAAGUUUUGUGAGCAGAAGCUCGCUAAGCUAGUACAGUACAAAGUUGCCCAACCUUUUCCUGAGAGGUCUACAACCUUCAGAAGCAGGUUUAAAAUCUGUUUCUGUGAAGGGUUUUCCCUUGCCAUAUCUUGUACAGUAUGGGCUGUUCCAAGGCUCAUUCUGACUUUGUGCGAUUUUGCCUUUAUGCCCAACCCCCGGAAAAAUUACCCUCAUGUAAGUUGCAAUUGCCUAAUACUUAAUGCACAGCAAUAGGCAUUUGUAACCAGCUACCCCUACCACUAGUUUGUACAGCUCAAAUACUUUCCUCUUUUUAAUUCUUGUGAAGAAAAACUCUUGUGAAGUUUUUGUACUCUUUAAGCUGGAGAGGUGUAAAGUAGCUCAAAGACAGUUUUCUUUGGGUUUCCUUGGCAUCCUUUCUUUACCUGUCAGUCUGAUGGGGUGUCUUUUUUAUAUUUAUCCUUUCAGUAUGUCUGGCAUAUAACUAAGAAGAAAGGGUUCUAAAUUGGAAGUGAAUAUUCUUCCCUUGCUCAUCUGAUUACCUAGUAUAAACAAGAAUUCUCAAAUUGCUUAACUAUGAGAUAUACUAAAAUGAUUGUAAAUUGAAUUUCCUUUUUUAAAUAACCAACAUAUAAAUGGUUUCUGCUUUAGAGACCAAUAUUUUUCUCCUGUUUUCUAAAAAGAAAACAAAGUUGUUGAUAUAAUGCCUAUUUGUUUUUUCUAGUUUCUGCAGAUAUGUUUGGCAGGAGCUAUUUUAUAUAUCGAUGAACUUUUGAAGGAGUGAGGGUAGUCUGUGUGCUCUUUUUCUCCUCAGCAUUUCAUUUGACAGUGCUGUUAUUUGUUGAAAUAACCCAGAAACAUUGAGGGGAAAGUGAACACUGUGCAGAUUAAACCGAAGUCAAUAACAUAAAUUCCUUUUCCCAUGAUUGCAGAACAUAGGGAUUAUAUUCAGCAUUUUAUAUGUGAUAUGUCUUAACAAAUACUGACAAAUGUAUUUCUAAUAUAAAAGCAUGCUCCUUUCUGUACAUGCUAUAGAAAGCAUUUACAUUUAUCACAAAGUUAAAAGCACCCCACUCUCCAUGCAGCCCAGUAGCAAUGUAGUAAUUUCUUCUCAAGAAGUCAUUUCACAAAUAAUGCUUUUGCUAUUAUGCAUGUGCUUUUCAUUAGUCUACUCCAGCACUAGUUGCCAAUAGCCUACUGCUGAAUGACUUGCACUCCAUCUUCUCUUCAGAUUUUUUUUUUUGGGGGGGGGGGCAAGGCUUGACAUAAAUGCAGCUUCAGUUCCAGCAGAAGAAAAUGCACAUAAAUUUGAUCUUCUGUUAAGCAUGUCUUCAGGCUACUUUUAAAAAAUUAACCUUCUAAAAUAUUUGGCAGGCUAACUUUUUUCUUGGGUAUGCGGAUCUUAAUAUACAAAUUUUGUUUCACUGGCUCAAAGCUAUGUAUAGUGGGAAAUAUAGUGUGGAACUACAGGAACUUAAAAACCUGCACAAUAUAUUUGACCAGAUAUGAAAGUAGGACAAAAUAAAUGUAUGUACACACCAUGGAAACAAUCAAGGAUUUUACUGCAUAAAUAGAGUAGCAAAUGUUUAGUUAAUUGAUUACAUUACUGUUUCCAAGUUGGUUUAUAAUCAGUUUGCUUGUGAAAAAAACAACCAGCUAUGGAUCUAAAGUACCCGUGACACAAGAGAUGAAUAGGUAUCGGGCAGGUUUUUCAAGGCUCUACAUAAAUCAGGGUGGGUUAGAACGGUCUUGUUCAGUGUAAAUGCCAAUAACACAGAAUAUGCAGAGAAGGCCUUCCCUUUCACUCUAUACGGUCAGCAUUGCAGUGCUGAAAACCAAUUUGAUUUGAUUUGGUUUUAUCUUAUUUGGUUAUGACUUAAUGCUCAGUUUUAGAUUACUAUAUGCUUAUUGUUGCACUUUUUACUUUUAUUGCUCAGACAAUUUUUGUUGUUCAGUCCUAUAAAUGACUUAAUUUGGUAACUCAGAUAUGAGAACUUUGGACUUUGCAGGAUUGAUUCAAGUCUGUGGGUUAUUUACAGUGUGUCACAGAAACUGGAAAUUCUUCCACUUACUAUUAUUGGUUGCUAUGCUCAAGAGUCUGAAAGUGACUAAAAAUAGUAGUGAAAUACUCUAUACUACAGAUAAAAAACAAAAUAAUUAAAAGUAAAGCACAAUAAAAGGCAAUCAAACCAUAAAAGCUAUCCUUCUAUCCCCUAACGUAAGUCUAACCACCACAAAUAGCCCCCAAAGAGGGAAGAGGGCACAACGAAAUGCCGCAAAUGAAAAAAACAACAACACUAAAUUAUCUUGAAGAUGAGAAACAUUCUCUCAUCUCCACACUUCAGACAACUGCUGGAGAGGGCACUCAUAGAAAGGCCUUUGACGCUCUUCUCAGGGCAUAGUUGGGCUCGUAUGGAAAAAUUCAUUCUGUAAGGCAUGAAGUCCUGAGCAGUAUAAGACUUUAUAGGAUAAAACUAGCACCUUGAAUUGAGCCCAGAAACUGAUUGGAAGUUAGUGCAGUUAGGUCAGACAAGGUAUUAUACAUGUGGAUUAUUUUCUUUGCUGUGGCACUGGCCAACCUGUGAUUCUUUUUGGAAGAAUUGCAUAGAGAUGUGAAAGCCUGGGGAAAAAGACAGAGCUGUGGGGGCUGAUCCCCCCCCCAUUGCUUUCUGCCCUCCCUCAAUUUUGCAGAAACAAAUAGGGGGGGAAACUGAAAAGAGGGACACAACUUUCCCCAAGUUUUUCUGACUUCCCUAAUUUUUCUGACCUCAUUUGUAGAACUGCAAAAGAAUGAAGUAAUGGCUUUUUUGCUACAUGUUAUGGUGCUGAUGUGAAAACUUCAUUAUGUAGAGACCAUUUUUAGCAUCCUCCAUGCAAUUAAAGAUUAAGGGUUUUAUCCAGUGUCAGUGCAGCUCAAAUUAGAACCAUCAAAAUGAAUGGGCAUGACUACCGGUAAUUUAGGUCCACUAAUUUCAUUGUGUGAAAGUUACUUGGAUGCAACCCCAACUUUGGACCUGCCUUAAACACCUGUGACCACUUGCAAAAUUGGAAUAGAGAAGGGUAACUUAACUUAAAGGGCAAUUUGUGUGGAGUCUUAAGGUGUUGGCAAUACUCCCCUCAACUGCGGAGGAAGCCGCUCGGGCGCCUGGGGUGCCACAGGACCUCUGGAGUCUGCCUGCCUCCUCCCACUCAGUCACCCUGCAGCUGGGGGGGAGACAGCGGGUGGACCGUUUGGGCCUCUCCCAGGAGAGAUAUGUGGCUCAGGUGCACUGCAGGCCCCACGGUGAGUGCCACCUGGCAUUUUGUCACCCCCCCCCAGUGGUGAUACCUGGGACGGCCUGCUCCCCUUCCUCCGCCCCUGACUCCCCUUACUCAGCUUUACUAUAAAUUAACAUAGUCUACUUGAAAGUGGAAGAGAACCAGCAAGGAAUCCAUGUUACAUAAGCACAUCUCUGAAGUUUUAGAAAUGCUUUUAAAUAUCUGUAGAAGGUGAUUAACUACUAUUGUGCCACAUUUCAUAUUAGAGAAUGUAAUUUUAACUUAUUGAGAUGUGUUAGGCCCAUUACUGUUUCCAUUCAUUUUCACUGUGUGACUCAUAGCUUCUUUUUCGGGGGUUGUCUUUUAGGUGCGGCACAAAGUAUCUGAUCAGGUUAUGGCUUUGAAGAUGAACACACUAAGCAGCAACAGAGCAAAUAUGCUGAAAGAAGUCCAGCUCAUGAAUAGACUUUCACAUCCAAACAUAUUAAAGUAAGAAAGGUGGGGUGUAUGUUUGUAUGUGGGAAUGCAAAUCAAGUUUCAUGUACCAUCUCUUAUGAUCCUUCAUGUUUGUGGAGGUAAAGUUGAAUAUUCAGGUACUGUCUCUCAAAACUUCGGAGCUAAGUUUUGGAUCAGUGGUUAGACUCUUGUUUAUCCCUUUAUUCCCAGACUCAUCCUGAUUCCAAAUACAUUUCUAUUAGCUUAUACAAUAAUUUUGACUAGCUUUCUUCUGGCCUUCUGCAUUCUUAAUUAAAUAUGUGUUGUAUUCCACUAACUUUUACUCAGAGUAGACCUUUUGAAAUUAAUGACCAUAACUAAUAUGGCUCCAUUAAUUUCAGUGGGACUGCUCUGAGUAAAAACUGAAUACAGCUGCCCUGUCAUCUGCAGUUGAUAAAAUGCAAAUUGAGCAGAUGUGUCUGCAAGUUUAUGUACUAUAAAUGUAUAAAUCACUUUUGCAUAGGGGAGCACAAGAGGAUUGGCUUAUAUUCUUUAUGUUAAAAUGGGUAACGGUGUUUAAACUUGUACAGGGAGACUUUUAUUUAUAUUGCAUGCCACCGAAGAAUGUAAUUUAUUUUUACAAAUAUUAGUUGUUUAAAUCUUAAUUUGCAUUGUGCCUGUGUGAAGUAGUGAUUCGAGCAUUGAACAGAGCUCAAAGACUUUGAGGUGGGUGAGACAUAGCAGUGUGCAGUUUUACAAAGUGGUUGUAAAUUUAAAUGAAACCCCUCUGAAAUGAUAUUUGAGGUAGUGCUUGUUGUGGAAUAUUUGUUACAGUACAGUGCAAGUAUUUUACACAAAUAGAGCAUUGCAAAACAUAAUAUUACUACAUGUGUUGUGGUGAUGACUGGCAUUUUGACCAGAAAUACUCAUGCAAAUGAUUAGGACUCCACUGUCAUCUUUUAAAUCAGUAUUCUUUUUCUAGCAUGAUUAAACAACUGCUUUGAUAGUGACAAGCUCCUGAAGUCUCUAAACAUCUAUCUUGCUUAUAGCAUAUCAUUUCCAUAGGAAAUAUUUUAUGCAGUUCCAUUUAAACCUGUAUUUAAAUGAGAAAACGGGGAAAAUAUAUUUGUACAAAUGAGUUUAUAAAAUGGGAUUACAAUUGCACCUGUAUACUUUGAGCUUUGUGACUUCUGUUAACUAGAACUGUUCAUAUGAAUGAAGUGCAACUUGUCUAAUUUCCUCAUUUCCAACGGCUGACUCUGUGCAAUGCUACCCAAGUGCUUAGCACUGCACUUUUGGGAACAAGGUGAGUCAGACCUGAUAGCAGCUCUUCAGGAUUUCAGCCUGGGCCCUUCUGCAUGCAGGUCCUUAUAACUGAACCACAGCUCUUCUCAAAAAUUGUGAGGCUAGGGUGGAAUCGAAGCCAACAUGGGGUUUCCAGUUCCAUGUUUGUUCGUUAAUGCAAAUGGACAGAGGCAUCUACAGAGGGGAAUGGGUAAAUAUAAAUUUCCAUCUUACAUAAACAUAUUUGUAUAGUCCUGCCUCAAGAUUCUCCUCCUCCCCACUUGGCACGUUGUUGCAUAGGUAUGUGUAUGAGUGUAAAUACUUGGAUAGGUGACUGCCUGGAAACCACACGUAUGCUACCUUGAGUUCCAUGAAGAAGGGAGGAUAGAAAUGCAAGAAAAUAAAAAAUAAAUAAAUAAAUAGGUGUGUGCUCUGUUGGGAGUGGUGCUUUUUUUUUAAGGUGCGGGGGACACAAGACUUUUUUUUCCAAGAAGAGGAAGUAUGUAUGCAUAGGAAAUGCACAAAAAUUAGUGGGACAACAGCAGUGAAGGGCAACAAGGAGUGCUGGUGCUAACACGUUUUCAUUAAACUAGGAACUGGAUUAUUUUCAGACUUUGUUUCUGCUCCACUACGCGAAAUAAAGUGGGUUUUAAUGGAUCCUGGAUCUUUUUUACUUUAGGAAUGCUGAAAAAGUAAAGCAUGAGAUGUCAUAACUUUCACUCAUGGUCAGCACUUGCUAUUUUCACAAGUUACGUUUUGAAGGUGAAAAAUGUGUUGUCAAGCUUUUUUGCUUUUUUUUAUGUGGUUCUGAGGUUUGUGUUCUAUAACUUCCUUUCCUUUUAAAUACUCUGAUAUGCCUUCAGGUAGCGGCAUAGUUGCCAUACAGUCAGUUUGCUGGUUAGUUAUCAUGUGUGAUUCCAUGUGCUAUAAUGUCCGAAGUAGCUUCUUUAUGCUUUAUUUCAUUUGAAGGCAGAACGUUGUAUAUUGGAUAAGAAAGAAAUGAGCCUAUUUUAUUGUUCUAUUAACACACACAGAUUUUCAUAGCUGAAGGCUUAUUUGCUUGUUUUCCUUCAACUCUUUAUGAAGUUAUCCCUGUACCCCCCCCACUUAAUAGGUAAGAGUACUGAAAGUUUACUCAAAAGCAGCUUACAUUCUACUGCAUGUUUCUUGCAUCAUACAGAACUUAAAAAUGAAUAAAUGAACACUUUCCAUAAGUCAGUUUUACAGUAUUCCUUUUGUCAGGCAUCUUGUGGUCUUUAUUUUUGAAAUUGUGCAUUUUCACUUCUUCUUAUGCUAAAUAAAGUCCCAGAGUUGCCCCAUACUAAAAAUUAAACUAUUGUUCCAUUUUCAGUUAUGACAUAGCUCAGUGUCAUAACAGAACUCAAAGGUACUUUCAUAAAAGUCAUAUUUAAAACUGAUAACAUUUUGCAGUUGUGAGAUGAACUGUAAACAAUUGGAUUCCUAAGCCUUUAUGGCAUGUGGAAUCUAUAUUCUAAAUGAAUAGAAAACUUAGCAGUUUAUUUGUUGGUCUUUUCUGGCAGUGUGAUCACAUUUGGUGGUAUCUUCAUUGCUGUUCUCAUAAUCCAGAUUUUGUAUACCAAUACUAAUGUCCGGGUAGAUAUAAAAUCUAGCUAGACAAUUGCUAAGGCCAGGCCAAACAUACACUUUGUUAAGAUGUCCAUUUGUACUUUAAGACACAGCAUUGAUUUCUCUACACCAAACUUUUUCUGUAUGUAUGAAUGUAAAACAUUGUGUCUGUUAGUAUUGUCCUCACCCCAAAUCCUACAAAUGUUUAGGAAUAGGCAGAAUUUAGAAAUCUACUCCCCAUCUUCAACUACAUUGGUUCAGUAUACUAGUGCUAGACAGAAACUAAUAUACUUAGUGAUUUGUAUUUUUAAAGCAGCAGCUACUAACAUAAUGAUUCAGAUUCACUGGUAACUUGUUUUAAAGUUGACAAAAUGCACUGUCUGUUUCCCAUUUUAAGAAGCUGUUUACUCCUGUUUUAUAGGUUUAUGGGCGUCUGUGUACAUCAAGGACAACUGCAUGCCCUUACUGAGGUAUGACUGUAUAAAGUACCAAGCUAUUUAUCAUAUGUACUUCCCUUGAACUAGUUGGGUUAUCUGUAAUUGUCCCUAGAAACAUUGUUCCCUUGGAGUUUUUUAAGCAGAGGCUGAGAGGCCACCUGUCAUGUAUAAUCUAGUUGAGAAUCCUGCAUUACAAGGGGUUGGACUAGAUGACAUACGGGGUCCCUUCCAAAUCUAUGAUUCUAUGUUUACCCAAACAUUCCAAUAUAAUUGAAUGCAAGUCUUAAUUGUAAGGGUUCUAUAAUCAGGCCUCUUAAUUUUCACUGACACAUUCCUUAUUAGAAUCAAGUAGGAGACCAAGUCAUUGCUUAAGUCAUUGCAUACUAUGCUACUACCACACCUAUAGAACUUCUAAUAUACUCUAGUUCACAUUUUAAUAUUAUUGUAGUUUAUAUUUAAAUUUCACAGCCCUUCCUUGCCAAAGUAGAAUAUAAGAAAGGAUGUGUUAAGAGUAUCUCCGGUGUUCAAGUAAUUUAAUUCCUAUGCUGCUUUAUAAAUUUGAGUGGGAUGUCAUUUCUGAGCACAAUGGAAUUAAUAGGGAGAUGGAAAACAACAUUGGUUUCUAAAAGGCAGGCUUGGUCACGAACUGCAGCUUUUAAUCUAAAAGGACAUUCUCCAGAAGUCAGAACACACUUGUAGUUUGUUCAUCUUGUGCCACAUCUAAUGUUAUUCAUAUGAAAGCAAGUGUCAUUAAUUCAGCUACUUGCCUUCAAUAAUUCAGAGCAGGAAUAUUAUUAAAAAGCAUAUAUAAACUCUAUUGCAUUAGCACUGGUUGUUUUUAUGUUGCUAGUUAAGAAACAUCUUGGAUUCAAAACAGGUUUUGUUCAACAAAAAAAUUGUGCUCAUAGAAGUUCUGUGCAUGCAACAGAGCUUCCUCUCCCUCUCCUCUGCCUGCCCCCUCAUAUCACCUCCAGUUUUGCACUGGAGGGUUGAGAAAACCCCUGGAGCAGAUAUGGGGUAUGUGCGGCAGGAGGAAGGGGGAGAGGAAGUUCGUAUGAACUAGUUGAAGCUGUCCCACGUGCACAAGUAUUUAGUUGGAUACAACCCAAGAUAGUUAAAGGAAUGCUAUAUAUUUUCUUCCUUUCAAUUCCUGUUUAGGUGAGACACAGAUUCAUUCUGAAUGAAUUUUGAAUGCAGAACUAGAGAUCUAAAAGGGUUAGAUCUAGCAUCUAGCAUAAGAUUAGCACAUGAACAUAGUUUCAAGUGUCCAAGAUUUCACAUCUGUUCUUUGAGCUGGAGUCUUCUGGAAAAUAUUAUAUGUGGAUUCUGUUGAUGCCCUUCACUCAAGCAACAAAGAUAUCAAGGAAGUGUAGCAAACUUGCUAAAGGAAUUCUGAAACUGAAUAAUGCAUCUUUGCACUGUUGCAGAUUUGUGUUCUGUAGAAGCGCAGAAUGGCUAUACAUCAAGUAUUACAGGCUUCUUUCUCACAUGUCUGCUUGAGAGUCUGUACACAUUAAAGAUUUUGAGGUUAUGUGCUUAUGUUUGAAGGAAGUUAGCACAUCUGGUUCUUUAAGGGAAGGGAGGGAGGACUGAUACCAGUCAGUCUUAUUUUGAAUUGCUUGCUUUAGAAAUUAGUUUUCUAGCAAACCAAUCACAUAUGUUGCCAUCCUGCACUACAAAUCCUCAGCUAGAUGUAGAGCAACUGCAGUAAUACGUUUCCAAAAACAUUAAUGUGGAAUUAGUUGAAUGAAAGCCUGAAUGAAGGGCAGGUGAGGGAGAGGCUAUUUCUUUCAGUUAUUUUCUGAUCAAUAUGAACACACCCACCCUCCCAGGCUGCUUGUUUAAACCUGGAGCCACACUAUUAGAAAGUGAAUAGAGACUGGUUUUAACAGAAGAGGGGUAUGUGGGUGAAGAAUAUAGAUCUCUCCCUUCCCCCUUUCCCACUUCCAUAUUGUCCUUCUUCCCAAGCCUUUUCAACAGCUGAGUUCAGAUUGCAAGAAGGGUCAAACAGCUUUUGCAUGCAUGCCAUCUGCUCAUGGGAUCAUAUACCUCCCCUCACUCCCUCUUCCUAAAUGAUUGGGACAAAUCUGGAUUAAACACUGAUCUACUGUUACCAUGUCUAGUUUGUCACUUAGUUUGGCACCACUAGAGACAGAAAACUACAAAAGCUAUGUUUGAACCAUUGAACCAUCAAUACCACUUCCUAAGUGCAUGCUCUAUUGAGCUGAAAAUCCCACUUGUCUCAGUGGUUACAGAACUUCUGCAAAAUCAGAAAUUAGAGAAGGGUGCUAAGACAGUAAGGAUAGUCACAUCCCACUGAUUCUGUAAACUAUAUUGCACCUGGAGGCAUCAAAGUGUGAUUGCAAUGAAUUCUGUGGCAUUGUUUUGAGUGGACUCCAUCCCCUGUGGUUAACCAUUCUCCCAUUUGAUCUUUUGUUCUUAAUGAUGCUUUACAGAUGUUACGCUUUGAGAAUAUUCAAUAGGAAAUGCUUCCUAUGCCCUCCAAAUCCAGCAGUUGUUUUCAGUCUAAAGUCCUUGCCGAUCAUUGUGCAAGGAGGGUAGGGCACUUAAUGCAUAUAUACAAACUAGAAGCAAAUGUGUAACUUAUUGGGACAGAGUGUACAUGCUUCUGGAGAGAAGUUUGCACCUGCUUUGCUUUUCCGAGAUUUUUAGCACACUGCAAUAGCUAAGCCAAGCUUUUACUUGGCAUCCAAACCAGGAUUGUGGUCAAGGUAUUAGCUGCCUCACCAAGCUAAAAAGUCCAGGGAGGAGCAAUGUAGAUUCUACAGUGGGGAAUAUUGUCAUUUUCAUGUGCUUGAAAAAUUGAUAGAAUUUCUUCGGCUGUAGUUUGCUUUUGUUAGGUGUGGGGAAUGGUGAAAUUGAGGAGACUCUUCGCUUUUCACCUAGAGAUUGUCUUCCUAUAGUUUGAAGGCUAAAGAGAAAGUCAAAGUUGAUAAUUUUGUCAAAUUUCUUACUUUUUUGCUCUCCAUAGAACACCACAACGGUGGCUCAGGAGCUCUUGUAAAGAAAGGGUUGAGCUGGAAAAAUAUCUGUAGGAGUAGGGUAUGGGUGGUGAACUUGAUCCACUACGGGUGGUGAUUUCAAGCUAUAUUCUGCAAGGAUAAGCUGCACAGUUGAGUUCCCCACGGAGAACUAUGUUGUGCAUCUAAUUGAACUGUGACUCUACCUGCUCCACACGUAACAUCAGGUGUGGAUUAGAUAGGUGUGAUUUAGGGGAAAUGGCCUCACAGACCAAAUGUGACCCAUGCAGGGCCUAAUUUUGUCCAUAGAUCAGAGGUUCACAUUCUUGUAGACAGGGGUAGGUACUCUUGUUAAGGGGAGAGCGACUCUUCCUGUAGUUGGGAACAAGAGGUGCCCAUUACAAGGAAAGGGUUGGCUCCUUUAAAUUUCACCAGCAAUUACUUUAGUAAAGGUGUAGAUGAAGUUUAUCCUAAGCAUAGUUAUCCCUUCUGUAUAAAGUCUAUUCUGUGACAGCUGCAUAUUGCUUAAUUAGCACUGCAUAUUGCUUAAUUAGCUAGAGCUUGCAUAGUAUCUGCAAAAGUAAAAAAAAAAAGCUUAUUGUUGUAUGGAAGCACUUUUUGAUACAAAUAAGUCAUGUUGCAGUUAGCCAUGUGGCUGUACUUUGGCAUGAAAUAACUCUUUGGCUUGGAAGCUGUUCUUCAGCAAUUCAAGUAUUCACUUGUAAACUCUCUUGAGGUCUUAAUGCAUAUUUCAUGUAGUUAUUUUUAGUAACUGCCAAGGCCUUUGAGAAACUUGAACUGAGUUUGGCACUUAGUCUGCACAAAUAAAAGAUAUUUUGUUACUUUAUAAGCGUAACUUUUCCUUGUAUUUUAUACAAAGAAUAAUUUGCCUUGACAUUUCAUAAUACUCUCCAAUUUAAAUGCAUUAAUUUUUAAUUAUAACAAAUUAAAUUGGAGCUAUUUUCAUUUUUAAAAAGCAUUGUUAAAAUACUAUUUUCUCAUAUUAAAUAUUUGGAACUUAAUCUGGCUGAGGAACCAUAAUUCUCAGUGAAAUUCUAAAAAUUCAGGCCAUCUCUGCUUCAUCAGCAUUUUCACAGGUAGACAAUAGACUGAAAUGGCUUAAUUCACAUGUUGCAUUAAACUGGUUUAGAAGAAACUGUGGUUUAGCAUGAAUGUACAGGGUGCUAGUGCAUCCUGUUUAAAAGUUAUUGCUCCUCCCCUGCUCCUACUGCACCAUCAGGAAACAAGGCAGAAUCUGGCUUAUCAUGAGUCAGGGGCUCAUGACUUGUUUACCUUAAACAAACCAUGUGCAGGAAGCCAAGGACAAACCAGUUAAAUGUUUUUAAGUACAGUCCUUGAGCUUGUGUGCUUUCUCCUUUCCCCUUCUUCCCUUCACACAUGGCAGUUGAAUACUUCAUUUUAUCCCAUGCUAAUGAAGAUGGGUGAUUACUUUGUUGCAGUGAGAAAUAGCCAUGCUACUGUUUGCCCCACCCUCCUUUUUCAAAGCUGGGAUGAUGGUACUUUCCGGCUGUUAAGCCUUAUAAUGAGAAUUUGUAGAGGAACUGAAACUGAUUACACUCAGGAUUUAUGUGUGGAAGCCUCUGGUUCAUUUCACUUCCACUGGUGGUUCAGUUGAGACAAGUUGUGGUUUGGUAACUGGGAGUACCCAGUCACGCAGCAGGCUUCCCUUUCUAUUCCUAUGUCACAGAAAUGAUGACAAACUAUGGCUAGCAAAUAUGAAGUGCAGGGGGGAGUUGCAUGUGAGAAGGAGGGGUGGAGGAGGCAUACAAACAUUUGGGUGACUUGUCUUCCCCACUGCGGCAUGUGUUUUGAGUUUAAUUUUCUGAAAUUCUUAGUUUAUGGUCAUCAGGUGCUAAUCUUAAGCCCCAGUUCACUGAUCCAGUUGUUACUGCUCAGCCUAGGAAACUAAAUUCUAUUGCACUUUUGCGGACUUGAUUACUAGUCACUAAACUCACUGUACCCCAAUAUCAGAUUACACAGAAUAACCUCAGUAUAAAUUGGAUGGUGUGAGGAUAUAGCUCAUGGUGCUCAGCAUCCAUUUCUUGGAGUUCCAAAAGUGUUCCUUCAUCUGUGGAAAUGUCUUCUGAUUUCUGUAAGCUUACAGCCAGAUCCACACAUAGGCUUUUCCACAUACAUAGGAGGGAUCAUGUGGAAAGAAUUAAGUGACCAGGUCCUUCACAGUCCUUAGUGUUGCUGUACUUCUUGCUGUGCUAAACCUGUUUCUCCAACUGGAGCUGCAUCUUAUUGCAUAAGGAUACAGCAUACAGAUUUAUAAAUUCAUCAUCUGUUCUAUUUCUUUCUCUUACCUGAAUAGAUAUAUAUUAAAAGAGAUGUUAUGGUAGAAUUCACUUUUAAGAAUGCAGCCAAGCUUUUGUAGCAUUUCUAUGAGUAGGUUUGUACAGGCUUUAUUUUACAACUAAAUAUAAGUUCCAUGUACUUUUUCUCUGCAGUAUAGGGGAAAGGCCUAUAGUUAGUUGCCUGCAAACUUAAGAUCAGAUUGUUGGAAGAAAUUUGUGAAGCUCAGGACAAAAAUAAUUGCAGAAUAUGUGCAAACACUUAUUCUUGUCCCAGUCUGGCGUUUCUGUGGGCUCUGGCUUCCAUCACGGGUGUUUUGUUUCACCAGAAGCGAUUUAGUCAUGCUGGCCAUAUGACCCGGAAGGCUGUCUGUGGGCAAACGCUGGCUCCCUCGGCCUGAAAACGAGAUAAGCGCCGCACCCCAUAGUCGCCUUUGACUGGACCCAGGGGUCCUUUACUUUUACCUACAAAUUUCUCUAAUCCUGAAUUCUCUAAUAUUUUCCUACAACCCACAGUUUCACAGGACCAUACAACAACUUUGCAAACACUCAGAAGUAAAAACAUCAGAAUCAAAAAUUUAGAUCUACAUGAAUUUGUAUUGCUGCUUAAAGUAUAUUCUGUCAAGGAUUGUGAAGAAAGGAAACAACAUUCAGCUGAGUUCCCACAACACACCCAGUAGGCCUUUCCUUCCCAUCUAGCUCUUCAAGGGCAGACUUGUAUUUUUAAUGGAAUUUGAAUUGUUGGCAUACUUGGAGCACAAGUAUUCAGUCCUGAGCUGCCACUCUUGAUGUACUUAACCCUUGUUCCAGUUGGAAAAAAGUCCUCUGUUACUUGCAAAGCCGCAGUUUGUUUCGUACAUGAUGGGAGCAAAAGCUGUCACAUCAUUACACUUUUUUACUUUACUUCCCCCCUCCCCUUGCUUAGAAGGCUAUUCCAAAUAUAUAAUUAGGUGGAGCCUUAUCCCUAUUUUGAAGAGUUGGAUUAAUUUGGUUUUAAGUAUUGUAGAAUUGUAAUUUCAUUUGUACACACAAUGAACUUUUAGGCCCAACUGUUAAAGCAGUGCUUAUCUUGUAGCAUCAGCUGGAGCAAGGCCCCAUAGGAUAGUUAAUUUAACUGAAAUGGCAGACAUUCAGAGCAUGCACAUUUGAAAUUGCAAAGACCACAUCUUCCAGUACCCGCGUUGGGACUGAUAACUUGUUGGGAGGAGGGGGGUGGAAUAGCUUGGUAAUAGAGAUCCUUUCACCUGAGAUUCUUGACUAUGGGAGCCUGUGGGGCUGGUGAAAUGAGCCGUAGUCCUACUAUGUAAAGAGAAAUGAGCAAAGUGUUAUAAUUCCUCCUGGGGAAGAUUUAUUCAGAUCUAUGGUACCAAAUGUUUGAGGAGACUGGAUCUUGCCUUUUUUAUGUGCUAACUGCAUCAACAGAUGAGAUUAAGUUACAGUUACAAUAGACAAAGUACUCUGAAGCCAAACAGGCAAUCAGCAUGAAAUUGGACACAUUUGCACUAUUAUACCCUUUCACUAUUAAAGGUUUUUCUUAAUUAAACCUUCAUUAAAGAUUUGUAGUCAAAUAUUUCCAGUAUCUGCAUACAGGACAACUCCAUGCUUUACAUGCCGAGCUCAUUUUGCUGUGGUGACAUAGCAUUCAAUAAACAAGAGGGUGAUAUCCACUGAUCCACCAGUGGCACGUUACAGUUUGUGGAAUGGAUUCCUGCUCCCAUUGCAGCCCUCUGUACAUGCUGCAACUCUGUUAUGGCGGCUGAGCUGUAGCAGGUGCAGGGGAUUGGAAAGAGGAAGUCCAGUUGCAUGAGUGGAGGUCCAAUUCUGUGACGUUGACUAUUGCCCAUAGAAGAAAAAAGAGUGAUUGUGGUAAAAAUGCAAUGUGCUAAUAUACUUGUAAGCUGAAUUCAAAAAUGGGUAAUACUAAAAUACCUCGUAAGCCCAGUUUAAUUAUUGUCUGCAGUAUAGACACUGCAAACUAAUCAGUGGUUUGUUCCAAAUCAAUUUAUGAAUUGCUUCAUGCAGGAAAAAGUCCCACAGUGAUUUACAACACUAUGCAGUUUAUACACAAUAAAAAGCCAUUGGAACAAAACAAAUAUGAAAAGUGUAAAUUCACAAAAACCACCCAGCAAUAUAAAAAUAAUCAGCCCACAUUCAUAGGAAUGAACACUAAAAAUAAAUAACCAAAAGUCAGACUAUUGGAACUCUUUCCAAAUGCUUGUGAGAAUAAAAAUGUUUUUGGCUGGCACUAUGAAGGUGACAAAGUCAGUGCCAAGGAAGCAUCUUGGGGAAGGACAAUCCAUUAUUUGUGGGUAGCUUCUCUUGUUGACACCCUCUGAAUAUCUGUUGGAGGGGGUACACAGAAGGACCUCAGAUAUUGAUUUCACCUUCAUGUGAGGAAAAGCAGUCCUUGAAGUGCUGGCGUUCAUAGCCACCCAAGACUUUAUAUGUCAAGAUUAGCACUUUGAAUUGGGGUCAGGAAAAAAAUAUUGACAGUCAGCACAAGCUAGCCAGAACUGAAGUUAUAUGUUCAGGCCAGCUAGUCCUGGUCAGUCUGGCUACCACAUUCUGCACUAGCUGCAGUUACUGAAUAGUCUUCAAAGGUAUUUCAACAUAAAACACAAUGCAGUAAUCUAUCCUAUUACCACAUCACUCAAGCCAGGCUAUCUGUAUCCAGAUAGGAAGGCUGCUGGACCACCAGCCAAAGCUAUUAAAAGGCACUUGGCGGCAUGGAGCCCACUUGUUCCUUCAUUGACAAUGGAGGAUACAGGAGUACCCCCCAGGUUUGCACACCUGUUUCUUCAAUGGGAUUCUGACCCAUCUGGACGGGGGAAGGCUACCUACUGACUGUACAUAUCUCUUGUCUGAGUUGAGCUUCAGUUUUUUGUCGCUCACCAGUUCCAUUAUCAAGGCCAGGCACUGGUUCAGCACAUCUGCCACGACACCUCUCAGUCCUUCAAACAAUGAUAUGCAGGAGACAAAACAAUACUGAACUGUAAAGGACAAUAUGUUCUGAGAAAAAUAUGAAGGAAGUACUGCUUGUGCAAAGGAGGCUCUUUGAGAAUGACGGUUGGACAUUAUGUAGCAGGACGGUGAUCUCCUGCAGCUUAGUACCAUGUAAAGGAGGUGUGGUGCAUUGCAAGAAGACCUGACAUCAGUACUGCUACAAAACUGCAGAUUCUCACACCAGGGAAUCUGCGAACAACUGUGAUUUGCAAAGUAGAUACUGUGGCUCAGUUGUUUUAACUAUCAAAAAAGUAUGCCACUAUUUUCAUCCCAAAACAUUUGCAUGGUUCCAUAGAGUGCUGGAUGAAGCAAGCAGGAGAGCCAUAGCUCAGUGACAGAGCAUCUGCUUUGCAUGCAGAAGGUCCCAAAUUCAAUCCCUGGCAUUUCCGGGUAGGACUGGGAAUGCGCCUGUCUGAAAUCCUGGAGUGCUACUGCCAGUCAGAGUAGAACACGGUGGGGAACCUCAGGCCCAGAGGCCGAAUCUGAACCUCCAAAGCCUUUUCUAGUCAGCCAUUGAGAUUUUCCCAAGGUCACACCCCUCACUGUAGUGCUCCACAGCCGCCUCAAGUGCUCUUGCCUGGCACGAAUCUGUGCUUGAACUAUGACAAUGAUUCUUGUUUUCUUGAAUGGUAGAUGGACUGUGUGUGUGUGUGUGUGUGUGUGUGUGAGAGAGAGAGAGAGAGAGAGAGAGAGAGAGACUCUGGCUGGCUGGCUGACUGACUUCUGAGGUUUGUGUGGUUGAACGAAGGUAAAGAUUCACAUCCGUUGCUGCACCCAGUUCUUGCCACUGGCCCUAUGCACCACUAUCAUGUGGCCCACAGAAGGUUGUCCGUGAGAGUAUCUGACUGGCAAAUGUUCUAGAUGGGCUGAUGGGUCUCCCUCAAUAAAAGGCGGCUUCCUUUGUUCCUAAGCAAGUCGCUGCAUUACUGGAUGACCCAUAAAUUGAAUAAAAUUAAUAGAAUUUAAAUAAUGACCUGACAAACAGAAUAGAGCAGAGUGCGUGCAAGACUGUUAUCAUGUACCAUCGGAAUAUAUUUCCUACGUGUAUGUUCAUGGGCACCUCUCUUUUAAUUAUGUCAGUAACCACGCAGGCACAGUGGAUCCUGGAAGACUAAUUUUUGCUGCAUCAGAAACUUGCAUUUGCCUGGGGCAUAUAACUGUUGCUUCCAAAGGGCAAUCUGUGUUAAUAUGCACAAUUAAUUUGCUUGUAGUGGAAAUCGGUACAUAACCUAGUCCUGGUCCACAAGUGGUAAACAACUGCACUUUUUUGUGAGGUGGCCUUGAACUCUCCUGGCAUAAUAUGUUGAGAAACUUGAGCUGGCUCCUAAAAUCUGGGCCAAGUAGUUUGGCAUCUAGCCAAGGAACACUUCGUUUUGAUCCUCUUUAGAUCCUCAAGUAUUCUGGACAGCUAGAAAUUAACAGUUCUUUGAUUUGUAGCUCAGUGGAUGAUACAGUUGCUGGGUCACUGGUUUGUGUUAAAGUAAUCCCACUUGGAUAUAAAUUUUUGGUCUCAUUGUAUUUAAAAAGGGGUGCAAAUAUAGAAUGAAUGUUGUAUAUUUAUUCUUCGUGCACAUGAAUUUCUUCAGCUCUUGCAGUUUAACAAGUGGGACUUAUUUGAUAGUACUUCUCUACAAGCCUGAAGUCUGGGCUGACUUGCAGAAAUAUUGCGCUACAGUGUGUGGUGUUUAGCAGUUAGAAAUCUACUACAUGAGAACUCUUUUUAUAGUAGAAAUACAGGGAGAGAGGAGAACCUUGAAUUACUUCAUGCCACCACCUGCUGGCAAAAACUCACCAUGUUAAUUGAAAUCUAGGAUGAUGUCUCAGUUAUCAGUUGUUUUGUCUGCACUACCUCUUUCCAGUUGUCAUUUCCUCCUCUUUUGGUGUAUACUGUGCUUUAGGGAAGGGUCAUAGCUCAGUAGCAGAGCACGUGUGUUGCAUGCUAAAGGGCCCAGGUUCAAUCCCUGGCUUGUCUAGGUAGGGCUGAGAAUGUCCCUUGGCUGAGAUGAUGGAUUUUUCGAAGCUAGCCGACCUGACUGGAAGAGUCCGUGACCAGAGGGAGGAGGAUUACCAGGAAGAAUGGACGAAAUUUAAAGACUAUUUAGUUAAAUAUGUUAAGUUAAAUUAAUUGGAAAGGCUUGCAAAUACCAGAUAGGCUUAGGACUUAAAUAUGUAAUGUGAUAAAUUACUAUGUUGAAAUUUAGAUUGGGAAAGAAAGAAAGAUGUUAAGUGACUAAGUUAAUUUUAUGAGAAUAUAGGUUUUGGAAAACCUUUAAAAUGAUAUACACUGAAAUUCAACCAAGGGGAUACGAGGAAGUCGCUUAACAAUUUUAAUAAGAUUAGUUUUAAUAAGGUUAGGAUUUAUGAUUGUUUGUUUAUUUGUUUGCGUGUUUAAACAUUUUGUGGAAAACUAAUUAAAAAAAAUUGGGAAAAAAGAGAGAAUGUCCCUUGGCUGAAACCCUGGAGAGUCACUGACAGUCAGUGUUAACAAUACUGAGCUAGAUGGACCAAAGGUCUGACUCAGCCUUGACAGUUUCCUGUGCAUUCAUGAAAAACGGGUCAAGAAGGUAGUUUCUAAACAUAUCCCAAAUGGGGUCCCUAAGACUGUUGGAUGGCACCUUGUAUGCCCUCCUACCAGCAACUGAGGCAGGCUAGCUUGUGCCAAACAUAUUGCUCUGCUUUCCUUUGGACCACAUCAGUGAGGCCGGGGGAGGGGGUCUUGUCCAUCUGGGCAGCUCAGGACCUCCAUACACACUGGAAAGUUACUUCUGUACUGCUAACACAGCAGUUUGUCUUCACCCCUGGACGCACACUCCAUUGUCUCUCGAGAUAGAUGGAUGCCAACAAGGAGGAUGUCCAGGAGUUAUUGGGGAUGCAUUCACCUACCAAUCUUAAAGUAAAUAGAUUAUUUACUUUUAUGAUUGUUUGGUUUGAGUUAGUAUAUCAUUAAUACAGUUGGAGGAACUUACAUUUGCCCCACUAAAUCCAAGAAGAAAUUCCUCACCUGUCUGUACUUUGAAGUUUAACUGUGGUUCUUUUCUUUUUAAUUUUUUUAAAAUAUAUUUUCAGUAUAUCAACUGUGGUAACCUAGAACAGCUGUUGGAUGGUAAUCAACACCUGCCUUGGACAGUAAGGGUGAAGCUGGCACUGGACAUUGCUCUGGGACUCACUUACCUUCACUAUAAAGGCAUUUUCCAUCGGGAUCUGACAUCCAAGGUACCAUGCGUCCCUAUCAAAUGAAACCAUUUGGCAAUAGAUGUGUAUUACUUAGCGAACUACAAACAAUCUUGCGUAGUUUUACUUUUCUCCAGCCCCACUCAGUGCCUCAAACUGUAAAACUGUUACGUAAAAUGUCACUUUAAAAGAUUGUGAAAAAACACUGAAAACAUAGUUUAGUGGAUUAAACUUUCCCAGAACAACUCAUGUUGUGUAGAUGUCUGAGAAGAAACUAACCUGAAGUAGAGGUCACAAAUAAAUGAGUUAGGAUUAUGUUCCUGGGAAGGUGGUUGCACAACUUCUUUAAUUUGUUCGCAGCAAGUUAUUCAAACUUCUAGUUCCCAAAGCCUAGGGAUCCAGCUGCUACACAUUUUAUAAUAUAAAACUACAAAAAGAUGCAGACAUACAUACUUGUCUCUGUGUCCCACCCUACUUUCUUAAAGGUUUAUUGCUGUAUGUUUAAAUGUUCCCCAUAACUUCAGAUACGUUCAACAUUGUUCUACAGGUGACCUAAACUGCUACAGAGCAACACUAAGCUGGUAGUAGUUUUACUCCAGCAACUGUUCAACUGAUGCAUAAAACAGGGCUACAAAUAAUUGCAUAAACUUUGCUUUUCAAGAUGCUGUGUCAUUAUGACUAUUUAACAUUGCAGCUAGUAAUAUGAAAAUCAUUUCUUUCCUUAUAAAUGUCCCAUUGUAAUUGCAAACUGGUGAGGAAAGCAAUCAGAAAUUUAUCACCUUGACGAUUAUCUGUUGUUUUGGCACUAAUUCAUAAACAACACUAUUAUAAACAGCUAAUGAUUAAAAAAUAGUGAUAGUGGUUUUUUAAAUGUGCCAUAGGUAAAAUGCCGAGUUACGAUGAAGGUUCUCAUGCCAAAACUGCAAAUGACCAGCUGGGAUGCACUUUAAUAGUCUGCCAACUCUGGGGAGAUGGGACAAAAUGGAAUAAAGAGUUACUGUCUCUGUUCUUGGGAAGCAAAGCAUCCCAAAUGCCACAUCUUCUGUUUAUAUGAGUAUUUCCAGACUUCAGUAUACUGAUUUUUGUAACUGAACUGUGGUCUUUUUUAAACUAAUUCAAAUGGAGGGCAAAUAUUAACAGGUGGUAUACUUAUGGCUGAAGAGUUGUGUGAGCCUUGAAAGUAAUUAGGUUAUGCCUGAAACACUAAGAUGAGAAGCUUUAGUACAACAGCACUUAGGCUGCAUUGAUAUCACUUAAUAGUGUAAAAUUGUUUGGUGUUACAAUAUUGGUGAGCAAAUCAUAAUUCCUGUUAGUGUUGCCUGUGGUUUCACUAUCUUACUAUUUAAGUGAUUGAGAUACAAACGAUGAAUUCUCACGUUUGAAUCAGCCCUGAACUCACUAGGUAGCCUUAAAAAAGCUACAUCCUCUCAAUGUUGACCCCUCUCCCCAUUUGUACUAUGAUGAUAUCUACCUUUAUAGAUAGUUAGAAUCACAACACAAUAAUGUAUUCAUAUGUGCAACCUUUUUGAACCCUUUAAAUCAGGGGCAGGGAAGCUUUAGCAGCUGGUAGGCCAUUUUGGCAGCUCCCCCAUCCCCUGCAGACCAAUUUGACAGCUGGGUGGAGCUGUCCACUCAAAUUACCAAAUUACCUGACUUCAACAUGACAUCAGAUGACGCAGAGUAAUUAUUUUCCUUUGUCGCCAUGGCUUGAGCCAUGCCAGUAGAUUAAAAUCAUUUGGAUCACCUGCUUGAAUUCAAGCUGAGAAUACAAAGUAAUUGGUUCUUUCAGCAGCACCAAUCCUCACUUGCCAAGGAACAACUGGGAGCACACUCCAAAUCAUUUGUUGGCUGCUGUGUGUCUACCUGCUGCAUACUUGACAUCACAGGUAUGGGGUAUAGAAUUGUAGAGUUGGAAGGGACCCCGCGGGCAAUCUGUUCCAACCCUCUGAGAGGCAGGAAUCUCACCUUGCAAUCCCCCAUCCACUUUGAAACCAAAGCAGACCUGCUUAGCUUUGCAAAUGUACUAGCAGUUCUAUUUCCUGGCAGAAAGCCCCAUUUAAUUCAAUAGGAUUUUCUUCUGGGUAGGCGUGGUUAGGAUUGCACUGCAAACCUCCUUUGCCAGUAUCUAUCUGACUUGUUUGUGUUUUCUAGGUAGGAUCCUAAGAGGUUUUAUAUUUAAUCCCAGCAAAGCCCCUAAUGGUUGAACAUCUUUAUCAGUAUCACAAAGGACUUGUGUUGAACAGCUAAAAUAUUUGCAUUUCUCACCAUUUCUUCUUUGCUUUUAAACACAGCCUGAGAGGCAUUCUGUGAAGCACAGAAGCUCUGCCUGAGGGUCCAGUUCUUUUCCUCAUUUGAAAAAUAGUAGCAUUUUUGCUUGUAUGCUUUCCAGCCAGAUGCACAUGCAUGAAGCUUACAAGGAGAGACAGACAGCUCAGGGUUUUUUGAGGAAAACAUCCUUGUGGACCAUUUUGGGAUCCUUAUCAGACUAACGACCAAAGGUUCUUCCCUGCACCCUGGUCUAAAUGCAAAAUAUACUGAGAACACUGUGGAGAAUGAGGAGUAGAUUUCCAUGUUGCCAUUAUGCUUCUUGAAAAGUUUUCAAGAUUUUCAAGUUUGACAAGCCAGAGCAGUACAAAAGCUCCAUAAUCCUAAAAUUAAAAAUCCUAAAAUAGAAAUACCAACGUUACUUAAAUGGUAACAAUUCUACUCAUCAUAUUUUUUUUAUGCUAGCCUUUUUCCUACCUUCCUUUGAUUUAUGGAAUUGCUAUUUAAGCUAGUGAACUUUAUAUUUGGAUUUAGAUAAUUUGCUUGUAAAACCUUCAAGUUGGCAGAAAGGAAUAAUGAAAAAGGAUGAGAAGCAGGAGACAAUGAGUUAUUGUGAGGAUGCAUUUCUUACCUGUUAAUGUUUUUAGAUAAAUCUGUUUGUCUGAGACAAACUUUUACAGUGCAAAAUUGUCUGAACUCUCUCUUGUAUAUAUAUAGAGAGAGAGUUUAUAUCACACUUUUCAGCAUAAAUUGAGUCUCUUAAAUGACUUCAUUUAGCAGACAUGGAUUUCUUUAGCAAUACUGUAAAAGUUGUAUGUAACCAUUAAGACAGUAGCAGGAUCAUAUUGUCCCAUUUGGCUGUUUUAGCUAAUGUGAAGGAAACUGUGGUAACAUGCCUGAAUAUAAAGCAAUCCUUCUUUGCUUUCAGCAGCACAAAGAAAAUUAAUGGAAACUGCAUUGGGCCUGAACAAGCUAUUGCUAGUGGAUAUCUUUUCUUAUGUGAGAAGAAAAUAAAUGUUGAACUUCCUUAGCAGGAUUACACUGUGCAAAGCAGAUGUUAAGCUCUCUCAACACACAAAAGGAGCUUUAUGUUCACUCACAUCUGUUUAUGUAUAAACAUUUGUUAACUCUUUGGAGCUCAGUUUCAGCUUCUUUAAGUGAAGAUUUCAGCCUAAGGAAUAACUCAGGUUGUAUAAACUUCCAGAAUUGUAUCUCUGGGGAAGUCUCCACAGAGAGAUUUGAUCAUGUAUUAUUGGACUUUUUUAUACAUGCAAUGUAGCAAUACAUUCCACAGAAUUUGAAUCUGCAUAACGAGGGGCCAUAGCUCAGUGGUGGAGUGCAAUAUUUGCAUACAGAAAUAUUCCAUGUUCAAUCCUUGGCACCUCCAGCCUGUGAAAAGCCUCUGUGCAAGACCAGUCAGGGUAGAGGGUACUGGGCUAGAUAAAUAGAGCAGUGCUAGUCCCAACCACCAUGUUUCAGAUGGUGAUGGGUGAUUGAACAUACAAAAAGCGCCUCUCUCAUUGACCUCAGUGGACAGGCAAGAUUAAAGUAGGGCAGGUGGCAGUCCUUUAAAUAUCCUGGACUGAAACAUAUAGGGUUUUAAAGACAAUGACUUUGAAUUUUGCCUGAAAACAGUAUGGUAGCAAACCUGAUUUUUUUUUUCCUCAAGGGGAAUACAAUUCCAUCCAAAACCUAUUGCUAGACUGUCACUCCUUACUACUAACCAAGAAUUAAAUUCAUUAUAAAUACUUAUUUUCAGGGAUGUUAUAGUUGACAGUGAGUAUUCUGAGUGAAUGUCACCAUUGGUUCCCAGUCUGAUUGCCUUCUCUUUAUCAAAAUAAAUAUAAUUAAAAAGUUUCCCAGAGACCUUCUGUGAAGCUCAAUCCAGGGACAUAUCUAUAAGAAUUACCCACAGUUGCCUUGUAGAGCACAGCUUGGCUAAUCAGUGAUGUGGGUUUUCUGGAAUAAUUUUCUGAUGUCCUUGUAGUGUUAUCUGAUUUAGCAGAUUGCCCGUGUUAAUUUGGGUCUCAAUACAUAUUAGUAUUUGAACUGAAAUUUGAUUAGAGAAGAAACUAAAUAAAGCACAAUUAAUAUGGCUUAAAAUUGGGUUUUUUAAAAAAAAAAUCUAUAUGGGACUUACCUAUGUACACAUAGAUCAUAGAUCUGUAGAGUUGAAAGAGACCCAAAGGAUCACCUAGUCCUGCAAAUGCAGGAAUUGCAGCUAAAAAAUAGCUGACAGGUAGAUUUAAACACUUCCAAUGAAAGAGAGUCCCUUUCCCUUCUAAUGUAGUGCCUUUCCACUGUUGAACAGCUCUUACUGUCAGAAAGUUCUUCCUAAUGAUUAGUUGGAAUCUCCUUUCUUGUAAUUUGAACCCACUGGUUCAGGUAAAACACGAUGCUUUACAAAUAGCAUUCUAAAAUAAACACAGGAAAAACAGAGGAAGUGGGAGGGAAAUGCAGGCAGAGAAGAACAUGGUGGUUUCAAUUACACACACUUUGACUUAGUUACAGUAAGGUAUAGUUAUUGGGGUGAAGGGGCAGCAAAUUUAGAGAGAACAGGAAAAGGGAAGUUUUGAGCGAGAUAAUGAAUAGGAAUGAGGUUAGGAGACAAACUGUGGGUGGGUGCCAUAAUGAUUGAAAAGGGUAUCUCAAGCAGAGUUUGACAUGAAGUUAUGUUCAAACAAAUUCAAAGCAGUUAUUCUUAUUGGAAUACUUGUAAAAGUUUGGACAAUAAGAUAUGCCUCCCAUGCAUUGUUUACAUUUAAGGAACAAAAUAUUGAAGGCUAAUGCAGGAAAGCAAAUGAAUAGCAACCACUCACUGAUCAGCAACAUAUAUUUUUUUUGAGAAAUACAACUCUGUAUUCAGGGCAUAUAGUUUGAAAGUUCAUAAACUGUAAGAGAAAGCUUAAUUUCAUUGUAUUAUACUAAAAGCUUCUUAAAUAGGUAGAAAAAUUACUUGCCAUAUGAAGCACCAAAAAAGAACCCUAGCAUUAUCAAAUGGCUGCUGCCCAAUAUAUGGUUACUUCUACACCAACUGCUGAAUUUUCAUCGUGGUUUUAACAUUGCUGUAUGAUUAAUGUUAUCCCUCUAGGAUUUAGCUGCAUUUUGCAGUGAACAAAUAGUUUACCACAAGCAAGCUGAAUGAAUGCAUUCUUUGACGAGAGAUAACAAAGGCCAUAAUUGAGAAGCUUUAGUGUGUGUUGUGUUGGCCUGAUUUAGUUGACCUUGUGCAAUUUUUUAAAACUCAAAGUGAGCUGUGUGUGCUAUAACUGAUCCAGGUUAAAAUAAAAUAAAUAUUAAUUGGGACCUAGGAAUCAAACAGGAAUCUCUGUGUGUCCAUGAGAGAAGUACAAUGAAGAUCUGAGACCUCUCCCUUCCUCCCCCUUCCCUUUCCUAUCUGCUCUUUUUAUGAGCAGGCAAGUACCUGAAUUUAUUUUGCUGGUUUUGCAGGUUACAACUCAAGAGAAGUCCAUAAAGUCACUGCUGCCUGCUGUUAACAUGGAUGUGUGUGUUACGCACAGUGGGCGAUGCAGUUGUGCAAGAAAUUAAACUGGACAAAACUAAAACAGAACAUAACUUUACUAUACUUUCAUUUUAUAAUGAAAGGCUAACAGUGGCCAGUGCCAGAGGCAUCAGUACAUUAGAGAGAACAGUACACAGACCAGAAUGCUUAAUUUCCCCCAUCUGCUCCUUGUCUUUGACAGUUAAGUAUCAUUGUAAUGAUGUGGUCAUUGCUCUCCAAAUCCAUUAAAGACUACAGUUCACAGUCCUAGUUAACCUACAAAAUUUUGGCUAAGUGAGACUUGACAGUGGCUUGCAGACAUUGGAAGCAAGUUAUUUUUUAAUUUUAAAAUAGAUUAAAUGUAUGUAGUGAUCUAUUUUAAAAAGCAAAAUCCGAAAAAUGUUCUGAAUUGAAAUAUCAAAUUAAUGUUCUACCUGAGAUCUUAAAAUCAGUAAAAGGGGGGUGGGGAGAAAGGAAUUAACACAGUGCUUAAACUACAGCCUAAAUGCAGUGUAAACCUAGAAAUUAUAAUUCAUAGUAGUAAUAAUCCAUGAACUGAAUCUAGUAAUGAUUUCGCUUAAAGAUAUCAAACAGCACAAGAGUCCAAUGUAUCAUAUUUGUUCCUUGUUCUGCUUGGAACUCAUUCCUAGAUGUGUUUGCUCAGAAAUCUUGCUGGGUUCAGUAUGAUUUGUUCCCAAAUGUGAAUAGAAUUUCCAGCCUUAUGGUGCGGUUGUAUACUUGUUGAGAAUUCCUACUGUGUUCAAGGGGGAUUGCUCCCUAAUAAGCAUGUUUAAGAGUGGAGCCUUAGGCUGCAAUCCAAUACAUACUUACCUGGGAGUAAGCCUCCUGAAUGUAAUGCAACUUACGUCUGACUCAGCAAGCAUAGAAUCGCACUCCUAGUUUCUCUAGCCUCCCAAAUGUUCCUGUGCUAUUGGGUAAUUAUUCAGGUAACUGUUGCAUAUUUAGAAUUGGGGUGGACAUUCUUUUUCCCAGUCAAACUGUAUAGUAAACCAGAACAGAUUGCUAAAAAAAAUGAGCAGUAGCUUUGGCUGAUCUUCAGAUCAGUCAUAUCUGGAGAUUGCAGAAGCCAGAGUUUUAGUAGGUAUAUUUGCCUAGGACUGUAUAACUAGUCCUCAAAUACAUACACUUGGCUGCCUAUUGGCCACCAGGCCAAUUUCAGAGUUUUAUUUCUGACACACAAACCCCUAAAUGGCACAAUAGGGGCCUGAUUAUCUGAAGAAACACCCCAUAUUGUUCUGGCCAGGCUUUGUGGUUGGAGGCUCCUCUGGCAGUGCCAUUGCUGACUGAAGUCACAAGAUGACGCACCAGAGGGUCUUGGCAAGAGCACUCCAUUUGUGGUACAUUCGCUCCCCUCAGAACUUCACCUGGUUCAUACUUGUCUAUAUUUAUGCACCAGCUAAUGACUUUUCUCUUCAGCCAGGCCUCUUAAAUUUGUGGUGCAUGUGCCUGCAUUACAAUGAGAGGUGUUCCUUGUAAUACCUGACAGAUGGAUUAAUUACUAUGAUUAAUGGUUUGUUAGUUGAUUGUAUAUUUAAUUUUGUGAGCUGUCUCGAGAUCGCUUCUGAUGGUGGGAUACCAUAUAACACACACUCUUACUUGCAUUGCUUCCUAGUUUUAAGUUUUUAAUGGUGGGAUUCAAAUGUGGACCACACUAAUUCCCCUCUUCUUUUCAUUCAGAACUGUUUGAUAAAGCAUGAUGAGAAUGGAUAUUCUGCUAUAGUUGGUGACUUUGGCUUAGCAGAGAAAAUCCCCGACUUCAGGUAAGUAGCAUUGUCAGCAUGAAUCAAAAUGAGGAAUAUUACUGCAAACAUAAAAUAUGGGGGAAAUCCUCAGCUGUGGGAAUAAAAUGGCAAAGAAAUUUAAAGGUACUGUCUGAAAAUUCAGUAAAGCUUUUAAUCUGUCAAACAAGUAGUGACCAUUCACAGCAGCAGGUAUUGGUUAUAAGUUAUUUAACAGAAUCAACUUCUCAUUGCUAAUACCUGUAGUGGGAGAGAGAACCAUUUUGUAUAUACAAACAGAAUUAAACUUGCCAAACAGGGCAAACAAAAUCAAAUAUAGUUAUUAGUUCUAAUUCUUCUAUUUCAUGCUAGAUUUCUUUUUGAAUUUCUUCUAAUAGAGAGUGGCAGCUUUCAGAUCAGCAGCAACCUGCAAAACCAAAGCUGAAGAAUAACAGGACUGUAUUCCACCUGUUUGCAAUUAUUGGCUUUUUUUAGCCCACCUAUUUAUAUUUUCUCUCUUGUAUGCCCCAGUGUGUAUAUGUAUCUGUCAAGUGAGGAUAACAGUCCCAGCAGCAACUUAUGAAAUGGACUCCAGACCAUGAAAGCUUAUGCCAUAAUAAAUUGGUUAGAUUUUAAGGUGCUAUAAGCCUCUUUGUUUUAGCUGCAAUAGACUAAGACUGAAGUUGCUCUGGGAGUUUUUACCAGGAGUUUGCAUAGUGGCUAAAUGAGGUCAUCUCCUAAAAAAAAGAUAGAUGUUGGUGCUCACCUUGACAUGCACCUUUUGAUCCUCAGUGUUUGCUGCAGUAUAUGUUUGCUCAGUGAUGAAUAUAAGUACUUUGCACAUGCUCAGGUAUAUCUUCCUUUACACGAUCCGCAUUUGAGUUCUCACACUGAAAUCAGUUCCUGAAAGUUCCAUACAGUUCUUUCAGAUAUCAUCACGCCACUUAGAAACCUUUCUCCUUGCCUUCCUGUUUUUCAUUUUCUUUUUUAAAAAAGAUAUCAAAAUGGUUUGACUGCUGUGUAAAGUACCAUGAAUACUAAUGAGUGGGGUUCUGUAAAAUUACUAUUUUAGUGACUAUUUUGACCCUGAACAUGCUUCAAGCAGUUAUGCAAAUCAGUAUUGUCAUAUUCUUCCCAUUGGAUAAGUGAUCCAUUAAUGAACUGAACUAGAACAGUUUGGGUGAAACAAAAUUAACUAAAAAAUGUACUGACUCAACACAGCUGCUCUAUAAAUAUGGAAAUGAAUUAUUUCAAUUUCCAGGAAGCGUCCCAUCAUGCUUCCUAAGUAGAAUACUUUUCUGAAUUGUCUAGGGAGAAACUUCUGAAUAGUCUGAUUUGUCAUGGGAUAUUUUGUUCAAGAUAAAAAUUAUCCGCUACUGAAUGGUGUUCUGAAGUGUCAACUGUUGCCUGUUAAUGAUAUCUGAAGACUUGCUCUAAAGAGCCUAGAAUAUGAAGAGGCCUUUCAGAAGAAAGGACAGAAGCUCUUUUGGCUUGCAGUGGUACUCUGGCCGCUUCACACUUCACCUCUGCUCUCUCCAUCACCUUCUGUUGUCCAGACAAAUAGAAUCAAUAUGAAUGGCAAGAGAACAGCUUGUACUUGUUCCCAUGCUGAAAGUGAAAGGAGUUGCAAAGAAAUGCUUAAUUUGCCAGCUUCUAACCACCUCUCUCUUCAAAUGUUUAAAGUGAGAAACUACCAGUGGUGGGCUCUCCUUACUGGAUGGCACCUGAAGUGCUGAGAGAUGAGCCAUAUAAUGAAAAGGUUGGUCUUCUUUAAUUAUACAUUAGUUAAUAGAUACUGGGUUGCUGGUUGCCUGGCAUAGUUGGGGGUGGGGGACUUGUGAGCAUCUGUAGCUUUAAAGCUGUUCUAACAUGAUAGUAAUUAAUACGUUUAGCUGAAUGGGUCCUACGUAGAAAAUUCAAUUGGAAUCUGCUCCUUCCUGAACAUGAUUUCAGAGUUCUGUGGAUUACUAUAGAUCCCAUUUGAAUGGAACAACAGCACUUUUUAUUUCAUUAAGUGGAAUAAAUAUCCAAGGUUUCUGUUUUUCUUAAUUUUCAGAGUAGCAAAAAAUGGGUUUCUCAACCUUUACAGUUUUAUUAUGGCAAUAAAUGCUUCUAGAUAAGCAAGUAAAAAGCAGCACAGCAUAAAUCAUAUGAAACCCUGUGCCUGCAAGUACCUAGCUGAAUUAUCUCAUAUGAUAGGUAUGAUAUGCUAUAAGGGAGGUUGUUUUCUCUAGUCAUACACAUGCUGUUUUGUUUUGAAUAUUGCACAGCAAUGUGUUAUGUACUUUCUCUUUCCUGUGAGUAGUAUUUUUUAUAGCUCUAAAUACAUUUGGUAAUUGUUUGGAUGAGCUCUCUCUCCCAAUUAAUACUGCAACAUUUUCUGAUUUUCCUUGUUUGGAGUGGGCAGUGGGAUACAUGUACAUUAGAUGUACAUUAUUUUUUAGCACACCACAUUUUUGUCCAGGCUCUCCCAGACUGAGCUUGAAUAUGUUCUUCUGGUUUGCAACAAAAGCCAGUUUUGCACAGUACUGAUUAGCUGGCCUCAACCACAGUCACAUCUUCUCAGAGCAGUUUUAAGAGUCAAUAAAGGUUAGCCAUUUUUUUAAAAAGUGUAGUAAAUAUACACUUGAUCAUAUAACAAUACAAAUUGGGCAGCCUACCUGAAGCAUGGAAGGGAAAGGGAAACAGCCAAUUGGACCUUGAUCUGGGGCUUGCACACAUGCAUUGAGCAGCAGAGAUGGGGAAGCGGAGAUCACCUCAAAGUUGAAAAGUCCACAUUGAGCCCUGUUUACAGGUACAUCUCUGGGUCCUAAGAUACCUGUUCAAUGAACGUGCUUUUAUGCAUUAUCCCUUAGGAGAAGGAAGUGAGACUGCCACUCUGCAGGCCUAGGUUUUAAUUGCUUGACCUAGAACUUUGGCAAAUGUUGGAAAGUAAAAAACGUGAACACCAUAGACAACACUUUUGUCAUGUGAAUGGGGACGGGAGACCCUACCAGAUCAGGCAGCAUAGGAGUGCUUGUAAUAAAGUUGUGGUCAUGUUUUCUUUCUCCCCCUCCACCCCUCCUCAGGCGGAUGUAUUCUCGUAUGGCAUCAUUCUUUGUGAGAUUAUAGCAAGGAUCCAGGCAGAUCCAGACUAUCUCCCUCGCACAGAGGUAAGCAGAGUGCAUUAACAAGGACUGGAAAGGGAAGAAUCCUCAAGAAUUUCGCUGGGUCAUUAAUGUUUGCAGAGUUGCUGAACACAUGAUGAAUGACCGCUGUAUAAGUCUUCUAAGAAAGCAUUCAUCCUCUGCUACAGUAGCAUGCAGAGACUGGCACUAACCUCUUCUCUCCACUCCUUCCCCAUUUAAAGCACAUAAUUAUACUUUGCAGGUGAGUGCUAUAUCAGGAAUUAGUCAUGAGCUUCUAUAAUAUCUGACUGGUAUAACCCAAAGCAGGUUAUUGAUGGUACCUUAUUCACUGAAAGAGGACUAUCUGCAUAGGAAUCCUUCUCUUCUAAAUUAGAAAUACAUUUUGGUAUUGGCGGGUUGCCUCACUACCUCAGUGAGCAGGAUAAGAGAGAAGUUGUCAUGUCCUAUCCUACCUAUGCAGAAAGUUCCAGGUUCAACCCCAUGCAUCUCCAGUUAAAAAGACUUGGUAGGCACUGAUGUGAUAGACCUCUGCAGGUGACACUUGAGAAUUGCUGCUAGCUGAAGUAGAUGAUGCUUGGCCAGAUUGCAAGUAGCCUGACCUGGCUUAAGACAGCUUCCUAUGAAAUAUUCUCAAACUGAAAGUGUAGAAAAUGUCUUCUCUUUGCAAGAGAAGGGGGGAUUUUGAGGCAGUCAUCUUGCCUUGGAGAGAACUUAGGAAAUUACCAACUCUUAAAGUAGUCCAUGCCAAAGUUAUUGCAAAACUAGAUGGAUUAUGAUGCAAGUUGAAAGUUUUCCUACUUCAUCACAGAUACGUUAUGCAGUUUAUUUAUGCAUUUUAAGCUGUAGAUGGCUAAACAUUGUACAGUUAGGAAUGUCAGGUUAUAUGAGCUGAUAAAUUCAGCUCAUAUGGCAGAAUGUUUAGGAGACAGUAGGUGUACCUCAGUGUCCAUACAAGAUCAAGGCACAAACUGAGACAAGAAGAAAUUACCCUUUCCCCUUGCCAUUGCUCAUAUCUACAUAGGAACCUUGCAUUUGUGUUAGAGCACUAAUAGAUGUGAUUUGGUGUGUUGCUUGUAUGGGGAAUAACCUAUAUAUGUAAUUCAUUGUAUUGCUUAAGUAGAGAAUUAUUAUCUGUAAUUCCCUUUCAUGCUUUGCCUUGUAACACUGUCUUCAUGAUUUCCUCAUUUCCUCGUCUAGCACAUGUUUCCUCCCCGUAUCUCUCUUGUGCCUCAAUUGUUAACUUUUCCCUUCCUUUUCUUUUUCCACCUCUACUUGCAGAAUUUUGGGUUGGAUUAUGAUGCUUUCCAGCACAUGGUGGGAGAUUGUCCCCCUAACUUCCUCCAGUUGGCCUUCAACUGCUGCAAUGUGAGUAUAUUUAAAGGAAAAGAAUGGAAUGAGCAUAUUUCCUAAAACAAAACAUCAGUACACUGAGGCCUCUGGUACCUUGAAUAAAUGGUUCAUGAGGGACUUGGAGGAGAGGGCAUCUAUACAAUCUAAUGUUAGAUUUGUGGAAUGCAAGUAGGAUAUUUUAAAGCAAAGAGGAUAUUUUAAAAGUUAUAGUUCCUCUGCUCCACAUUGCUUUAGAUGUAUGGCUUUGUCAAAAUGAAACAUCAGUUAAUCUUUCUUCCAUGUAACAUAACAAUAUGCCUGUAGGUAUACAUGCGUUAAAGAUGGUGCCUGUGAGAAUUAAUUUAUAAAAAACCCAUAAAAUCAUGUUUUUGUAACAUAGUGCUAUGUGUACAGAUUUUUCUUCAUGACUAAGCUCUGAUGUAUCUUGUCACUUAUUUUGUUAAUAGAUGGACCCAAAAUUACGUCCUUCAUUUGCUGACAUUGUCAAGACACUGGAGGAAAUUCUAGGGAAUUUGAAAAGUGAGGAGGCUGAAAGAGAAAGAAAGCUCCUAAAUCUGGACAGCACAGAUCGAAAACCCAUCUCAGUUUCCAAAGGUAGGGAUCAAGGGGAAUGAGCACAAAGCUGCUCUGAUUUACUAAGCAAGAAUAACAAAAAUUGUAUUAUAGUGAGGGUUCCUUUCUUGAAUUUUUGAUGGGGAAUGUAAACCAGAAAUAAUACUUUUAUUUCUAAAUAAGAAAAGUUGACUUGAGCUGCAUUAUCACGAAAUUCAAUAUUGAUGUUGCGUUGGGGAAACAAGGUGUGUGCCAAAGCCCCUUUUCCCCAGACAGGCCUAUGGAAAAGGUACAACUCUGUCCCAGCUCUGUCAGUUCAGGUUGGGGAGAGAAAAGGAAGCUGCUCUGUCUGCAGUGGCAGUAGCAGGACAGUUGGUAUGAUGGACACUCUGCAAGUGGAUCUCCAGGAUGUUGUCUUGUCUUCUCUCUGCCACGCCCCAUGUGUAAAUGUGAAUUAGAAUUGCUCUGCUUAAAUGUCAUUAAGGGUCAACUUGACUAGUGGAGUAAAAUAAUCCUUUGUUUGGUGUCUUAAUCCUUGCAGGAUCAGAGGAGGUGCCACUUUGAGAACAAACUUUCCCCCAUACCCUAAUAUCAUUUCUGAGACACCCAUUUUUUAUGCAUCAUAGGCUAUGACAGAUGAAGACCAGUUCUCACAAAUGCUUUGUUGCUUGACAUUAGUCCUCUUAUUUUAUUUUUCAAAGGGAACAUUUUAUUUGAAUAUGAUGUAAACUUUUAUCGUUCAUCUUUUUUAUUCUUACUUCCCACUUUUUCUAAAGCCCUGCUCCGUAGGUACCCAAAUUCUAACUAUAUAGACCUCAAAAGGAAACUGUUACAUAAGUAACUACUAGCUGUUAGUAGCUUUUUCUGUAGCUUGCACUUUUGGAGUUUAAAUAUCUAAUUUUAGAAGCAAACAAGGCUCCUGGUGUCUGCUGUGCCCUUGUGAAACAGAUUCCAGGAACUUCAUCCAAAUUAAGCUCUUCCUUGUUGGCUUGGGAUGUCUGACCUUUAACCAGAGGCUGACGUAUUGCAAAGUAUUUCCUAGAGACUAUAUCAGAUCAGUUUGAAUUCUUGCAGCUUUGAAGACUACUGCUGCAAGUUGGUUUGUGGAAACUGCGAGUGAAAUGAAUCUACGGACUGGAUACAUUGUUUUGGGCCAUAGGUGUCAUUACCCCACACAAUAAGGAUUGAGGACUGUACGGAAAAGUGCCUUCAUUUGAACAGUGAUAGCCGCUGUCAGCUUGAUCCAGAGUACACUGGGUUCUUCAUUCUUUGCAAUAUUAAGGGCACUGGAGACAUGUGAGGAGAGCUGUACUUGGCAUUGUGCAAAUGAGGAAGCGCUUUCAUAUCUGGGAGAUACGUGUGGACCCUGAAACUUGUUCAAAAGGUUUCUGUAUCAGUGCUGGUUAAUUGCAAAUCCUUUAAUGUACCCAGAAAUAUGUAUGUUUAACAUAAUAAAACAUAGGAAGCGUUGGUGUUAGGAUUGGAUUGUACCUUCUUGUAAAGCAUCACACUGCCCCCUGGUGUGCUUAGAGAAAUUGCAGCCAAAAUUUGGGUACCUGUUCUCAGUUUUGAGAGGAAGCUGUUACAUGGCUGGGACAGCUACUUUCCACUUGACCUUAAUAUUUGCAGUUGCUCUAUUUAGUGAUGCAUUAUUUACAUGUAUUUAACAGAUUUUACCCCCAAGCCCAACUGCUGUGUGUCAUAGUUUCUGCACUGGACUAUGUGCUGUUUCAAAGCUGAUGUGGAAUAUAACCUCUUCACUUCCAGAGGGAGGUAUUAUUGUUUGCCUUCACCUUUCAAAGCACAGGGGUGUCUUUGCUCUAAGGAAACCUCACGUUGAAAACAUCAGCCUUUAGUAGCAUGAAUUUGUCUUAUAGUCUCAUGAAAUGGUGGCUGUCCUCCUCAACACUUGUUCUUGGGAACAAUCUGCUAGUGCACAGAGCACAAUAAUAGAAUGGGAAGGCUAUAUCUCCUGUUACGUUGGCCUUUGAAAAUACUUGCCCACAUGUAAUAGAGAUAAGACUUGUUAUUCUGUCUUCAGUCUUUAACAAUUGGUACUUCAUUCCCCUCUAAUGGUCUAUGCAGAAUGAAGCUCAAAGCAGUAAAAUGUUGACUUAGAGAAAAGAUUUUGGAUGAACAUGAGGAGUUAGGGAUCAUAUCAAUCCUUAGAUUACUUUAAACACUAUUUAUUAGUACUAAUAUUCUAUACUAGACCUUUACUUCCUACUUAGCUGAAUAAAAAAUUAUUUGGAUCUCAACUGAUACAGAAUUCCAUGUGAGUCCAUACAUUUCCAAGGUGUGGGGUUUUGUGGAAGACUGAACAGAAUGUCAUAUGUACACUGGUGAUCUUUUUCUGUAUCAUUCUAAUCCUGUCACUAGCAACAUCCUUUAAGUCUGAUUUUCUUUUUCUCUCCAUUCUAGGUUUACUGGAGAGGGGACAAGGAGUAAAAAGGCUAAGUUCACUGGAUGACAAGAUUCCACCUAAAUCACCCCGUCCACGGCGCAAUAUCUGGCUAUCGCGCAGUCAGUCAGACAUAUUCUCUCGCAAACCUUGCCGCAAGAUAAAUGUUCAGGACCCCUACUAUACACCAAGCAAAGGGGCAAACCGGAAAGUCAACCCUUUCAAUUCUAGGGAAGACUUGAAAGGUGGAAAGGUCAAAUUUUUUGAUUUGCCAAGCAAAUCUGUGAUAUCACUUGUAUUUGACUUGCACUCCCCGGAGGCAGAAGGAUGUCUAAAGAUGAACCAGACCCCAUUCCGGCAGACUUCUAACACUGACUGGCUGGACUCCUCUUUCCUUCCUGUAAGACGGAGCAGAUCACUUCCAGGAUCUCUUGAAUUUGUGCAUAAAGAUAAUAGAACAUUUGGGGAUCUCUCUUCAACCAUUAGUAGAUGCGAUCCCAGCCAGCUGGGGGCUGAAGUGCGGCAGAAGCUACUGAGCAGCAGUCAAUAUGGAGUGUCUGAGAUUCCUCCUUUUCAGGCCAAACAUCAUAGGCAGGACUCGCCUUCUCCUCUUCUGCAGGAGGAAGAAAUGGACUAUUCUGAUGGACUGGAGCCCCAAGAUGAAAAUGGGUACUGCCCUGUAAAUUUUGCUAAGGAAGUAGAACUCGGAAAGCCCAGGGGGCAAGUUGCCCAGAAUGUAGAUGGUAUCUUGGCACAUAAUUUAGACCAUUCAGAUAGUAGAUCCUCAGAGAUGUUUAUGAGCUGCAUCUCCUCUGAAGAUAUGGAAGUUGAAGAUGAAACUCAAAGGAACAUGCCUUCCACUAGGUCGGAGUCUUCCAAACUAUUGUUCAGUGUUAACCCUCCCCCACAGUCUGGCAGAGAAGCCUCUCUUUUUGAGGCAGUGGAUAGUGACAUCUCAAAUCUUGUUUCUCUGCCAUCUUCAGAUGCACCAGCAUCAGUAUGCGAGCAAUCAAAAUGUGACAUUUAAAGUUCAGCCAUGAUACCAUGGUGGCAUAUUCCUCCCAACUUCUUUGCUUUUUUAAUUUUUUAUUUCAGAAUACUCUAGCAAAGUGUAGCAACCAGACCAGUCCAUUUGGAGAGACAGCAUGUAUGUCAGUGUGUGAGAGAUCAUAAUCCCUUACCGUACCUCAGGAGGCAGCUACUGCAGGCAGAAGGGGAGAACAAUAUCUCCAUGGAAUGCCUGGAUCAAUGCAGGGCCAUAAAUUUGGGAUCCUAGGCUUGCCUCUACUUAGAAGCCAUUUUCUGUCUGUGUACACAGUUUAGAUCCCAUUGAAGAAAUUCUUCCAAACUUGGCAGCAUCCUUUAAAAAAAUCUAUAAAACUCUUUUUGUGUCCCUUCUUGAGAGCUGCUGAGCAGGUAUAAAUGACCUCUUAUUGAGUAUAACAAGAUGGAAACUGGCAAUGCUGGGACAACAUAGAUAGAUAAGGUGGUAGCAUCCUGUACCUCUGUUAUAAUGACAGGUUCAUAGUGCUGGCCUGAAACCCAAACUUCCACUGAAGAAAGUCAGACUUGACUGCUGGAGCUAAAUUUCCUACCUCUUCCAAUCCAGUUUCAAACACUGGAAGCAAACAGCUCAGAUUCCUAUUUCAAGCAUUCCUUGUCCAAUUAUUACUUGCUUUGGUCACCUUAAUACCAUGACCAAGAAAGAGGUCGAUCCCAUUUUCCUUAAGCAAUAAUAGGUGCUGUGCAACCAAAUGCCUAUUCAGUAAAUUUGAAGUGCACAAAGAGGAUGAACAGCUGUGUGUUUGUAACUCUUCAGUAUCUCCAAUUCUAUAUUGUAGAAGAAAUUAAGUAUAUAACCAUCCAAGUGUUUGACAUGAGAGCUCUUAAAAAAUAAGCCACCCCUUCCGCAUCAGCAUUCUCUUAAAAUCCAGCUCUGUCCAGCUCUUUGUGCAACUCUUCAAUUAGCCUCUCCAUGUGGGUCAGUCACACACUCUGAACAGAUGUGUGCACAUAUGGAAACUUGGUCUGUAUUUGCAUUUUGUAUAACUUAAAAGUACCUCACCUGAGAUUCCUCCAUUGGAAGAGGGAUGCUUGUUCACUAGACUCUGACUGUAGCUGCAGAAAUAGUACUUCCAGUCCUUACUGGUCUCUCUUUCUGAGUAUCAAGUCCAGCACAAUGCUCAAAGUAGAGAGAAGUUAGUAUGUGCUGAAUAAGAGGGAUUGGAGUCCCAAGUCUUGACUCUAGUCCCUUAUUUUAAUAUAAUAGGCUAAUGAGAACUCCCCUGUGGGGAAGAAAUAAAAAAGCAGUGCUGCUUCCUGAUGUGUGUAGAUGUCCUCUCUUAUUAACCCCUCAAAAAGGAACCAUAAAAACGGUGAAAGUCCACAAAAAGUAUCAAGCAAUAACUUGGGGAUCACAGAUAUGGAAAUAUUUGAAAAACAGGUAACAAUAUUUUGCCCAAGAGUUGCUUGUUGCAACCUUAACAGCAGUAACAUCUUUUUGCAAUCUAUGCUUAUUUAUAUAGGAGCCCUUGUCAAGUUCCUUCCAGAGAACUCCCCACAGCUAUUUUUUUGCAUGCAUUUUUUUUAAAGACAGUGAAAAAUAAAUGUGUUACCAUCUCACUGCACACUUAGGAUAUAGUAACAUUUUGUUCCUCCAAGGAAGAAGCAUUUACUCUUGAUCAGUGCAUGGAUACUGAAAGAACUGAGCACUGGAGUCUGCUUUAGAGGCCAUGAAAGGAGUCCACACUUCUGCCUACUCUGGUCUGUGGUUGAUGUGUGAGCUCCUAGAACCCUGUAGCCUUUAGAUGUUUGACCUGUGCUCUUACUGUUUUGUGAAGAUUUAAACAAGUGGCCUCUCUAAUUUUGCUUCAUCUAUGUUUUUCCUGCUUUCAUGCAGUUUUUGUGCAAACAACCUAUCAGAUGUGGUAUUCUUUCUUGAGCUGGGGGAGAGGGUCGCUGCUUAUAUGGCUGCUCUGCAUUCUUAGCAGAAUGCUAGUGCAAGGCUUUAGUCUCUUAUCCUGGUACAGAAAGCAUGACAUUUCUCCAGCCCACACUGUAAUGGAGUUCUUUUUGAAGGAGCUUGGUGGAAGCCAAUUCCUUGGUCAUUGUGUGGCUAAAAUUAAAUGUAUGCUAUCCACUUUUACAACAUGUAAGAGCCCCUGGCCAUAAGGCCUUCUGGGUAUGCAGUCUAGAGCCAGUAUUGCAGAGCAGCUGUUGGCCAUUAGCUGUAAUGAAUACAGAUAGUGGCAAGACAGUGGCAGUGCUUUGUACAAAUACAAUAGUGAAUUUUGCUUUUAUCAUGUUUUUGAUUUGCUGACAGAUGCAUCUUGCUUUCUUACAAGCGACCUGCAGACCCAUCUAAGAUCCCCAAUCUGUUUUUAAUUCGCUCAAUCUUUCUAUGUUACAUUUAUUAAACAUGUAAUAGCAGCAAUACUUGUGACUGAUUGGUGAAAGAUGACUGUGUAUAAUUGUAUGUAACAAAUUGCUACCCCAGCAGAAGACAGGAGUAUGAUAGGUUAUUCUUGGUUGCUGUAUCUUGUCCAAGAACACUGGUGUUUCUUGCCAGUUUAACUACAGACACUUGAAUAAUUCCUCUUUGCACUUAAUGCUGCUGUUUAUACUGCAUGUCACUACAUUUCUAUGCAAAAAUAACCUUUGGGGGCAGCCAAAUAUUUGAUUAAGGUUUAAAGAUCUUUGCAAGGUCUAUUUUCAUAUUUAUGAAGGAAUUUUAUGUCUUAAUAUUUGCAGUCUGUAAAUAGCUAAACUUUGUCAUUAAAUCUUAGGAAAAAAGUCUGUAGCCUGUGUAUAAUUUAACACUGCCAGAAAAGAAUCUUUACGAAACAUUUUUCUAAUACUGCAGAUAUUUAUGGAUGUGUAAAGAAGGCAAAUAUUGGUUUUUAUGUUUUACUUGGUCUGACUUUUUUCCUGAACUACAGCAGCAGUAUGUUUUACUGGAACUGAAAUAAGUAACCAAAGAUGAAUCUAGUUUAAAGUAUUUGAAUGUUUUCUUUGUCAGUUUUUGUAAACUGUUUCCCAAUUUGCUUUCAGAAUAAAAACAAAUAAAUCUACUUUUGUGGUUGAAAAGACAGAGCUAAGGAAGAAAGCUCUAGCCUGGAUUCAGCAUCCUCUGACUGCCAAAGCAAGAGCUGCUGCGCUAGCAAUAAGGGUGAGACUAAUGCUUGAGCAGUAUGAAAUCCAGUGAAACAGUUGCAUUUCUUGUGCAACUUUUAAGGGAUGCGAUAGUCUGCUUCUUUGGUAAAUGUCUGAUUUCACAGAGAUUCCUUUUAUAGUAUGCCAUGCUACAAAGACAGAGUUACUAUUUAUUUGUUGUGUGGAAUUCAGACCCCCC